AUGCAAAACCAUUUCCCCGCCCCUCGGAGGGGGCGUGGCUUCCUCGCGGGAAGUUUCCGGAGUAAAGCGGCGCCUGGAAAGACAGCCUCCGUCGCCCGCCCGCCCGCCCUGAUUGGCCUCCAACAUCAGACCCGCCUCCGCAGCGCGGCCGCUGAUUGGUUCCCUGCGCCGGUGAGAGGUGGAGACCUCGCUUCCUGAUUGGCUCCUUGCGUUUUGUUUUCGCGCGGCUCGCUUUGUGGGAAAGAGAGGGAGGAGAGAGAAUCCCGCCCUGCUGAUUGGCGGACGCGCAGGUGGCGCGACGCGGCUACGCCGGCCGAGGCGUCACCCCGGCAACGGCCCAAGCCCUGCGCUGCGGUUGGAAGGGCGCUCCGUCCGUCUAGGAGCUGCGCGGGUUCUGAUUGGACGAGAGGCGGGAGCUUGAAGGGAGCAACCCGGAAGCGCCGAGGGGGCAGAGACCAGGGCACUUCCGGUGCUGAUGUGGCCGGAACCCGGAGAGGACGCGGGCUGAGGAGAAGAGCGGUGAGUCUGCUCCCGGGCCCGGCGAGGCAAGGCUGCCCCUCUCCGCCCGCCCGGAGGGAGCUCGGCGAGCCCUUAGGCUGCUCCUCCGGUGGGGGGGGGGAAGGGAGGCGCGCAGGCAGAAGUUCCACCGGUGUAGCUCAGCGGCCGUUGAACUUCGGCCUGCUGUGCGGCUGCUAAAACCGCAGGGUGCGGAGGCAGCAGCUCCUCUGUUGGAGGGAAGCAGGCAGAAGUCCAACAGGGGCAGCCUCAGGUCGGCCCAGGGAUGGCUCAGCCGGUAGAGCUCAAUCUCGGUGCGUGGCUCAAACAACCGGGGUGGGACUAGAUGACCCUAGUGGUCCCUUCCAGCGCUACAGUUCUGUGGACCUCAGGCCAGCGUGGCUGCACUUGUUGAACCUCGGCCUGCUGAAGCUGGGAACGGAGGGGCAGCGGUGGGAAGCCACUCUCCGUGAUCCCCCACCUUGGAGCUGCCUUCUCAAAAGUGCCCAUGCAACUGUCCAGCCCGGCAUGUCCCUCGCAGCAGAUCCGUUCCUCUCUCCAGGCCAGGUUGCCAUGAGCUCUGCAUCUCUCUGCUCCUGUGUCUUUAACAGCGGCUUGGUCACCCUUCUCUCUGCUCCGCUUGCAGGUGUCUUCCCAUCAAGCACAGGAAAGGCCUUACUGUUUGGGAGCUCCAUUUGGGUCUCUGUUGCCUUGCACCCACCCUGCAGCCUCCUCUUCUCAGUCUCUGCCCCUUGGACUUCCCAUAAGCUGGAAACUGUUGGUACCCUCCGCUUGUCUUGCAGCAAGAUUUACGUAUAAUAAUAAUAAUUUAUUAUUUAUACCCCUCCCAUCUGGCUGGGUUGCCCCAGCCACUCUGGGCGGCUUCCAACAAAAUAUUAAAAUAUAGUAGUCCAUCAAACAUUAAAAGCUUCCCUAAACAGGGCUGCCUUCAGAUGUCUUCUAAAAGUCUGAUAGUUGUUCUUCUAAGCUUAGGGUCCCACUCUCUUGGGGGCCCAAAAUAAAACUAAAGAAAAAAACAAACCUGAAUGUACAUUUCCAAAAUAUAAGAUGAAAAACAAAUAAAAUAAAACCUACAUACAGCAACAGUGUUUUGUGUUGUGUAGGCUCCUAGGAUGUAAGGAAUGGGUCCCGCCUGCUCCCCAAAAUAUCACUGGUUUGCUCCUUUCUAUAUAUAGGGUGCCUACAUUCUGCAUGGACUGGGUGCAUGGCAACAUGUGCAAAUGGCUUGAGAUACCUAUUAGCACCAUAAAUUACCUUAUAGCAUAUAUUCCACACAAAAAACAGCCACAAUUUCUUGUGGACAACGGACAGCUGCACAUAUAAAGGGCCUCAUUACCUUCAGUAGCUUAGGGCCUCAUCAAACCGAAAUCCAGCUCUGCCGCCACCCCUGCAGGUGCUCUUUAAAGGCAGCCUCCUCUUCUCAGUGGACUUCCCAAAAGCUGGAAAUUGUUGGUACCUUUCUGGUUCCAGUGCACCAGUUUGACAGCUCCCAUGUGACUUGGGGUUGCUUUCACACUGCACGGCAUUAGCCUGCCUCGCAAGUAAUGCACAAAUGAGCAAAUGUGCCGGUUCGCUGAGAGAAAGUUGCAGCAUCCCUCCCUCACCUGGAGCUAAGCCAGGAGUGAAACUAGCCAUGAGCUGUAACUGGGGUUUACCACCCAUGGUUCGUCUUAAGUCAAACCACAAAGCUGGGUUCACACUUCAUGCAGACCCAAACCACGGCUUAGCCUCUGAUAGCGUUGCAGCAGCAGUACCACGACCAUCACUUCAGGAACCCGCACGUUUGCUUGCCUGCUCAAAGCCAUGGCUUGGGUGAGCGUUACAUGCAAACUGGGCAGCUACGUUUGAAACCAGGAAGUGGAUAAAAUGUUCCUUAGUUUGUAAUCUUCCAUUCUGUGCCCAGUGCAAAUGGAGAGUGGGCUGUGGCUUCGGUUACUUUGACAAGCUGGAAUUAAGCAAGGCAUGUUUUGUUUUAUUUACUUAUAAAAAUAUAGAGCUCUGUUUCAUUAAGAAAAAACUAAAAGCAGUUCACAACAGAAAUAGAUAAAACAUGCAGUAAAACCUACUAAAGGGUUAAAAAACAGGCAUCAGUUAACCAGUGUGGAAAGAUGUAUUCUUACUUAUGCCCUUUUAAAAAGGUUGGUUUUUGGGGGGAGGGAGGGUGUUAUUGGGUUGUUGUUUUUUUGAUUAUGUAUAUUGUGGUUUUAUAUUUUGAUUUUAUUCUGUGAACUGCCCUGAAACCUCGAGUAUAGGGCAGCAUAUAAAUUCAGUAAAUAAUAAUAAUACUUGCCUGCUGAAUCUCUGUUGACAGAGUAUUCCACAAUACUGGGCGGGUGACACUAAAAGGCAUGAUUUCUCAUUAUCAAGUGAUCUUUUCUUGAUAACAAGGCAUAAACAUUAUGGAAGAGCAGAAGCAGGUGCCUCAGGCUUAUUACCUUAAUUAACCUUCUGCAGAGGAGUUGCCCCAAGGAAUCUGUCUGGGUUGCCGCUCACCUGGCCUGAUGAAUCACCCUCCCUGCUUACUUGACUGAAGGGCGGCUUUGCAUAAGGCUCUGUGUUGGAAAACCACAGGUGUGCUGCCAUGUGAGACAAAGAGGUAUCUGAUUCACCACCUCUAAGUGUAGCUUUCCUAGAGCGAAGUGCCGUAAAAUGCAACAUUUCCCAAGCAUGCAUUUGCUGUAAUUCAUACAACAGCCCAGUAAGGUCAGUCAGUAUUAAUAUCCCCUUAAUACAGGUAGCUGGGCAGUGAUGUGGGGCAGAAAAGAAAUCCCAGUGCUUGCUUUUUCUGUGGAAAAUUUUCCAGUUUGUAAGUUCAUUAGUAACAAUCAAUGAAUGCUAAUUUCAAAUAAACGUUAGACAAGUUCGGCAGUUUCAAGGUUUUGUAGUAAAACUGAUGUGCUAUGUUAGACCACUCUCUAGGGCAGAGGUAGGCAACCUAAGGCCCGGGAGCCGGAUGCGACCCAAUCGCCUUCUCAAUCCGGCCUGUGGACGGUCCGGGAAUCAGUGUGUUUUUACAUGAGUAGAAUGUGCUUUUAUUUAAAAUGCAUCUCUGGGUUAUUUGUGGGGCAUAGAAAUUCGUUCAUUCCCCCCCCCCCCCCAAAAAAAAUAUAGUCCGGUGCAUCGAAAGGUCUGAGGGACAGUGGACUGGCCCAUGGCUGAAAAAGGUUGCUGACCCCUGCUCUAGGGCUUCAGAACAUUUCCUGGUGCAAAUUUUACCCUAUGCAAAUCAUCGUAUUUUGCAUAGGCAAUUCUCUCCCCACUUCCCGAAAAUCAGGUUAGGCUAAAGCUGAGAGGUCCUGGGUUGCCCAAGGCGGCGCUUGGUGAGUCUUGGCAGACUUGGACCAGAGACUCGCUGAUUCACAGCACAGUUUCUUGGCCACACUCAUGCCAGUGAAGUCAAACAGAAUUAACAGCUUCUGAGAAAGUACUUGUUGCUCCCAAUCUCAGCAGCCCCACCCAAAGCGCCCAAGGGAGUUGAGCAGGAAACUCUUAUCGUCAAUGUCCGGGUAGCCUUUGCUGACGUUCUGACUGGUGUUUCAGUGUCCCCUCUGCUUCCAACGAGUCAGUUGUGCCUGUCUGACCUGGGCGAGAACACCAUUUGUUGGAAAGUCAGGAAACUGUUUUUAUAAAUAAAGGGUGAAGCAGCAGGAACAGGGAAUCCCCUCCCUGCCACCGUUUAAAGGUACCUUCAAGUGGCGGUGGCGGUGGCGGUGGCAGGGUGUGUGUGUGUGUGUAUGUGUAGCUGGGGCCUUCCAAUGCUGUUGGAUUGCUGGUUCCAUCACCCCUGACCUUUCACAGUGGGUCUGAUGGGAGCUAGAUUCAGACAACGAAGGUUGUAAAGCCUGUCAGGGUAUUUGGUUUUGAUUCUGCAGCACUUGAAAUGUCCAUGUUUUGGCUGCUGUAGGGAAGCGGUGUGGGUGUUGAGAAUGCAGGUGAUGAGAUGUGGGAAUCUGUUCGCUCAAGGCCACUGCCUCUGCCCAUCCUCCCUCUGCCUUGAGCAGUUUGGAGUUGCUGCGGGUGUGCUCUGCCUUUCAGGGUUUCUUGGUUCUGGUGCAGCAAGUUCAGGCUGGAAAGUCCGUCCUUGGAACAUCCCAAGCGUAGUGUGCAUUCCUCACUCACACAUUCCUUCUUUAAAAAUAAUUUGUGGCCCAUGGUUGACCAGAAAGGAUAAAUAAAAGGAUUCGAUUCCUUUUCAGCUUCUGCAAGCUUCCUAGCCUAGUUGCUUGGAGGUAAUUCUCUAGGCUGCCGGGCAAGGGCCCAUUUAGAAACCUGGGUGAGGAACAGAUCUAAGGAAAUGUCCUUUACCCCAUCAUCUGUGAGGCACAUUCCUGAUUUCUGUAACCCAGUGAAGUGAAUUUCCGGCUUCUGACCAAGGCAAACACUUGGCCUGAGGUGGGCGGGUGUGUGUGUGUGUCAUUCUGUUUCCACGGGGAUGCUUCAUCCUGGACAGCAGCAGAUGGGGCAGUCCCUUAUUCCAUGCAUGCUUGAGAUGUCCGGAUGCUCGAUUCUGUGCGUGGCCUUGGGCAAUAAGCAAGUUCUUCCCUGCCUCUUUUGGCUGUUGGUGCGACAGCAUGGCGGAAGCACGUUCCCUGCGCAGCGACUGAACCUAGCCCCAAACCUUUCCCGUUUGUGUUUGUGCUGACAUCCACUUUCUCCUCCUCCUUCUCUGUCCUGCAAGAGCUGGAGGCUCAAGAUGCUGAGCCGCUUGUCGGGACUGGCCAACACUGUCCUGCAGGAGCUGUCAGGGGAAGGAGAGGCUGCGGAGGCUGCAGAUCUGCCUGAUGUAAGUAGCUUUUUCCCAGCCGAGGCCUGCUGCACAGUGGGUGUGGGGAAGGAAGAGUCCGCAGCGUGCAUGUGCUUCUCCCGAGGUGCCAGCUGGGCUAGGAGGUCCUGGCUGCACACAGGCAGCCAAAAACAAGGAGGGCAUUUGUGCUCAAAGCCUGUGCCUUUAAUUGUCUUGGAAACAGGCAGAAGACAGCAUAAAUACUGGUGAUGAGAUGCCUGCAUUGUGGGGGAUUGGACCAGAUGACCCUUAAAGUCCCUUUCCAUGCAACAGUUCUGUGAUUCUAUAAUGACCUGCGCCAUACACACUAAUUCUGUGAGAAGAUGAGCUGUCACCUUCUGCACUGGCUCCUGGCUCCUCCAUAGAGACCGUGGGGCAUUCAUUAGUAGAUAAGCCUCAGCUCCAAAGCCACCAGUCCGGAGGAUCCCCACCGCCAGCUGUGUUUUCAGUCCUGCAGUCCAAGCAGUAUCACACCAUUUAGAGCUGCUUCACACAUGCACGUUCACUGCCUGCUUUCACACCCAUUGUGUCCUUUAAUUACCGAUGGUCCACAGCUGAACACAGUGGUACCUCUGGAUACAAACGGGAUCUGUUCCGGAGCCCUGUUCGCAUCCUGAAGUAAACGUAACACGCGUCUGCAUGUGUGGGUCGCGUUUUGCCACUUCCGCGCAUGCGCGUGAUGUCAUUUUGAGCAUCUGCACAUGCGCGAGUGGCAAAACCUGGAAGUAACGCGCUCUGUUACUUCUGGGUCGCCGCGGAGUGCAACCCGAAAAUACUUAACCUGAAGCUACUUCAGCCCGAGGUAUGACUGUAUGUGAAUAGCGUCCUCUCAGAAGUGUGCCAAUUGCGGCAGCCCACAAGUUCUGUCUGUGGUGCUUGGUUUGGGAUGGCUCAUUCAUAGAUGCCAUCACCUGGCGACCGCUGCAUGAAGUGGACAUCUUUGUGUGAAGCAGCCCUUGAUUUCUCAAAGCUGUUUCUGAUUACUGCCCUCCGGGACUCUCAGGGCAAAUCCACACCAUACGUUUAAAACACGUCCAAUGCACAUUUAAGCCCAUGACUACCUCCCCUCCCCACUGCCCAAAAAUCCCAAGAACUGUAGUGUGUUAAGGGUGCUGGGCAUCACAGCUUGGUGAGGGGGAACUAUAAUUCCCAGAGUUCUUUGGGGAAGUCAUGUGAGAUGCCUAUGGCAACAUGAGAACAGGCCUUAUCUGUGGUGGCUCCCCAUUUGUGGAACGCUCUCCCCAGGAGGGCCCGCCUGGCAUCUUCAUUACAUAUCUUUAAGUGCCAGGUGAAAACAUUUCUCUUCAACCAGGCCUUUGGCUGAUUAAAGAGUGUAUGGCUUUUUAAAAAACGUGUUUGGGUGGGGUUUUUUGGUAUUAUGUUAUGUGUUUUGUGCUUUUAUUCUGUAAACUGCCUUGUGAUCUUUGGAUGGAGGGCAGUAUGUACAUUUUAUAAAUAAAAAUAAUAAUACGGUGCGGAUCUUCCGCCGCCAGAUGUUUAGUCCUAGGGAUGAAGCCAGAUGUUGGGUCCUUUGGCCAUGGCGUUGUUACACAGAGUUCUUCUUGUUACCCCGCAGGGGCCGGUCCUGGAGCCCAGCCAGCAGAAUGGGGAGGAGACGUCAGAGGACGUUCUGGAACGGCUGGGCCACAUGGAGAGGCUGGUGGCGCAGCUGAAGGACCUGGUGCGCGAGAAGGAUGCUCAGUUACGGCAGAAGGAUGUCCUGCUACAGGUACCGUUCCUCUGUGGGAGGCGUCGCUGCUCAACUCUUCCCUAACUGGGAACCUUUUGUCUGCUGCGACGCUUAAAAUCGCAAAACCGAGAUGGGGGUCAGGAGGCCAUUGAGCCCAGUCUCUUGCCCCACUGCAGGGCCUUGGCUCACGUCAGCCUUUGAACAUGCUGUCAUUCCUGUAUAUAAAAAUUCCCUCCUCUAGGAAGAAAAGCAGGCUGCGGAAGCCAAGCUGCGGAAGCUGAAACUGCAGGCCAAAGCUAAGCUGGCAUCUCAGAGCAAGCGCCUCGAGCAACUUUCAGAACAGGGAGCAGCAUCUCCCGCAACGGACCCUCUUUCUUCCACAAAGGUGAGACUAGCCAGCCUCCUGGUCCAUAAUGUUUACUCUCCUUUCCAUACGGCACACCUUUUUAUUUCUGGACCUCACCUGCCCUCUGUGCUCUCAGAAGCCGUUCUUUGCCCUGGGAAGUAGCUCAGCCACACAGCCGGUUGCUGAAACACUUUUGUCCCUAUUCGCUGCUUGUGUCUCUUGUCUGCUAAGCCGCGGCGGACGCUUGUGAGCUGCAUGGACCUGAGAUCCUCCCACAUUGCCAUGAAGUCCUUGCUUAGGUCCCCUCUGGCUUCUGAUGUGCCUCCCCAGGUACCUCUCAACAAACUCCUCACCCCAGCAGUGAGGACUGGUAGCGUGCCUCUUUUCACAUCUUGAAAGCUUUAGCUACAAGAUUAAAUUACGAAGAGCCCAGGGAAAACCCAUGUUAGUGUCCUUUUUUAAAAAAAAUAUUUUUAUUAAUUUUCCAAUAAAAAACAUCCAGUUAACAUAUCCAAUUAAAACAAAAAACUAAAAUAAAAAAAGACCAAGUUAUAAUCCAAAUUGUAUUUGUUGAUUUUUCGGGGCUCCGCAUAGUCUGGACCUCUGAAGCAUAUCUUCAAAUCUCAGUCCUGCCUCUCCUCGUUGUUUCCAUAUCUUCCACAUCCCAAUUUUAACGCUUUAAAGUUCUCCGUCCCUGGCUCUACGAUUCUCAAUCAUGUCAGAUAUCAUAUAUCCUUUCAAAGCCAUGUUUGUGUUCUAAUAAAGCUAAUGCGUUAAAAAAUACUCAGAAGUGUUUGGCCAGUGGGUUGACCGAACCUCCUCUUUCCCAGUCAGAAGUAUGCUGUUCACAGAUCACUCCCUUUCAGUAACUCGCUGCCUCCUUUUCAGAGUGACCAAGGGACGCGUGAUGAGCGGGAAGAGGAGACCGAGCUUCUGCAAAGGCGGUGUCGGGAGCUGCAGGAAGAGCUGGAGGCAAAAACAAGAAGCCUGGAGGAAGCACAGGCCCAGGUAGGGAGGAAACAACAACAACAACAACAACAACAACAAUAAUUAUUUAUACCCUGCCCACUCUGGGUGGCUCCCAACAGAAUAUUAAAAACCACGAUAAAACGUCAAACAUCAGGAGGAGGUUGUGGAGGCUUUUUGCGGUAUCUUAGUUGCUUCUUUUGGCAUUCUGGGACUCAUUUGAGCAAGGGCAGAACUUGGAAUUGUGGCAUAGAGGUUAGAGAGUUGGGCCAGGACCUAAGAGACCAGGGUACAAAUCCCAUGAAGCUCAACGCGUCGCCUUGGGAGUCUGUCGCUUCCUCUCAGCCUAACCUACCUCACAAGGUUGCUGUGGGGGUUAAAUGAGGGGGAGAACCACGUACGCCACCUUGAACUCCUUGCAGAAAAAGGUGAGAUGUAAAUGCAAUAAAUAAAUAAAUGGAACUCUCUGUACGUUGAGUUGGGUCGUGGCCACCUCCUGCCACUUGCUUCUCGGCAGCUUAUUCUGAGAUGCGUUCAAAGGUAAUGCCUCAGCGCAUUGAACAGCACAGACAUAAGGAGAUACUUCUUCAAAUGGCACAUAGUUUAACUAUUGAACUCCCAUCUGCAGGAGGCGAUGGUGGUCAUCAACUUGGAUGACUGUUGGAGAGGAUUCGGCGAUUCGAAUCCCCGUGACGGGGUGAGCUCCCGUUGCUCGGUCCCUGCUCCUGCCAACCUAGCAUUUCGAAAGCAUGUCAGAGUGCAAGUAGAUAAAUAGGUACCACUCCGGCGGGAAGGUAAAUGGUGUUUCCAUGCACUCUGGUUUCCGUCACGGUGUCCCUUUGCGCCAGAAGCGGUUUAGUGAUGCUGGCCACAUGACCUGGAAAGCUGCCUGCGGACAAACGCCGGCUCCCUUGGCCUGAAAGCGAAACAAGCACCGCAACCCCAGAGUCGUUCGCGACUGGACUUUACUGUCCAGGGGUCCUUUACCUUUACCUUAACCUUAGGCCACGUCAAAGUGCAAGUAGAUAAAUAGGUACCUCUCUGGCGGGAAGGUAAACGGCGUUUCCGUGCGCUGCUCUGGUUUGCCAGAAACAGCUUAGUCAUGCUGGCCACAUGACCAGCUCCCUCGGCCAAUAAAGUGAGAUGAGCGCCGCAACCCCAGAGUCGGCCACGACUGGGCCUAACGGUCAGGAGUCCCUUUACCUUUUCUAGCUACAAAGGCUAUGUUCACUGUUGGAGGGAGUUUGCCUCUGAACGCCAGUUUCCGAGGGAUCACAAGCAGGGAGGAUAAUUUUGUGGCCUGAUCAUUUUCAGGUCCUGUCUGUGGGCUUCCCAUAGACAGGUUGCUGGACUUGAUUUAAAAUACUAAUAUGAGUUUCUUCGCUCCUUGAAAAUCCUUUUUGACUCCCAAGGCACAGGGCAUUCCUGCUAGCAGCUUUUUAACUAGUGUAUUCUCUUGGCAGCUCAGUGCUCUGCAAGAGGAGGUUCAGAAGAAGGACUCUCUCCUCAAGGAACAGGCCCACCGGCACCAGGCUGAAUUGCACCAGCUAGCCGCCCGUUCGGACCUGGAAGCAGAAAUGCAGCAGGUGUGUUGGCAGAGGUUUGGGGGUGAGGGGUGAGAUACAUGCUCCAAUCUGGGCCAGUAAAAGGGAUUGGAGGGCUCAGACAAGGAGAGCUAGAGACAAAGAAGCCCGCAAGUGAAAGGUCCGUGCUGUGAUCUCUGGAUUUGUGCCUCUGAGCCUGGCAAAACUGGUGUUCUCUCUGUCUCAGAACCUGCGGCUGUUGCAACGCAAGCUGGAGGAGCAGGAGGCAGCCUUGCUGGGGCGAACGCAGGUGGUGGAAUUGUUGCAGCAGGAGCUGAACAUUACUGAAGAGCAGAAACAGGUACUCACAUUCAGGACGAUAAGAGCUGGAAGGGGCCAGAAGCUUCCACUCCCUUUGCUGCAAAACAGGACUGACCACCCAUCAACUCUUCCCAUCCUUUGGCUGUUGGCGGCUGGUACCACUAAACCUGGAGCCCAGUGUGUGACAAGCUGUGUUGCAGCACGUUCUGGCCCAGGGAUCAGCAAACUUUUUCAGCAGGGGGCCGGUCCACUGUCCCUCAGACCUUGUGGGGGGGCCGGGCUAUUUUUUUGGGGGUGGGGAAUGAACAAAUUCCUAUGCCCCACAAAUAACCCAGAGAUGCAUUUUAAAUAAAAGAAACACAUUCUACUCAUGUAAAAACACCAGGCAGGCCCCACAAAUAACCCAGAGAUGCAUUUUAAAUAAAAAGGCACAUUCUACUCAUGUAAAAACACCCUGAUUCUGCGGGCCAGAUUGAGAAGGCGAUUGGGCCGGAUCCGGCCCCCGGGCCUUAGUUUGUCUACCCAUGUUCUAGCCAGUUGUCCACAGAGCAAAUACCAUAUUUUCUGUGUAUAACACUCCUAUUUUUUUGGGAGGGGAUUGAGCAGAGUUGUUGAGCUUUUUGCGGGGGGGGGGGCACCGCCGCAACUCACUCUGCAGCCACCUCCAUCGAUCGUUUGAACGCACACCGCCAACAACCUGCAUGCACACUAGAUGCAACCGCAGCUGAUUGCAUGCACACCUCGCCACUACCGUAAAUAGAAUGCACAAUUACCACAGCCAGUCAUCAGCAGGCCUUGCCACAGCAACCAAUCACACGCCCAUCCGGCGCUGCCAGUUUCCUCCUGGCUGCUGCCACCAAUCUCACGUCCUCCCUCUGCUAUCCGUGUAUAAGACGGCCCACAAUUUUUGCCUGUUGUUUCUAAGGAAAACAUUGUAUACACGGGAAAAUACGGUAGUCACAGCAUAUCAGCAUUUCAGGGAAGUCACAUACAUCAGCGUAAAGGAGGAGACUUCUCCCCUCCAAGACUCCAGGGGGAGAAUUCUCUAUAGACUGUUGACAAUGUCUCUGUGACAUUUAAUUCUGCAGUACAAUACAAUCGCAUCUUACUACAGUGGUACCUCGGUUCUCAAACGUCUCCGUUGACGAAUGUUUCGGAACCCGACUGCCAAAAACAUGGUAGUAAAUGCUUCCGUUUUUGAACAGCUUCUGCUGCGUGUUUUUCAAUUUUCUCAGUGGAAUUCGCCGGUUGCCCUUUGUGCCUCGGUUUUCGAACGUUUCGGAAGUCGAACGGUCUUCUGAAAUGGAUAACGUUCAAGAACCGAGGUACCAAUGUAUUAUUAUUCAAUUUUUAUGCCAUCCUCCGUCUGUAGGUCUCAGGGCAGUUCAUAGCAUAAAAAUACAAGAUGAAACACAAAAUGCACAACAACAAAUCCACAAACCAAUAGCUCCCCUUCCACAAACAUAUUGAAAAGGAUAUAGGAUGUCAAACAGCCAAAGGCCUGAUUAAAGAGGAACUUCUUUGCCUGGAGCCUAAAGGUGCAUAAUGAAGGCAACAGGUGAACAUCCUAGGGGAGAGCAUUCCACAAACGGGGAGCCAUUGCAGAAAAGGCCCUGUUCUUGUGUUGCCAGCCUCCGGACCUCUCGAGGGGGAGGCACACGGAAAAGGUCUUCCCAGGGUUCUGUGCAUGCACAAAAAUCGCUUUGCACCCCUGAAAGGCGUGUGUUCUCCUCUUUUCUUCCCAAGGUCCUCUCGGAGAGACUCCAGAAGGUGGAGGAGGAGCUGGAUUCCCUGCACAGCACCUCUGCUUCCGAGAGGCAGGAGUCCCAGAGCCUGGCGGAGAGGCUGGAACUGGAACUGGCAGAGCAGAAGCUGGCCUGCCACCGCUCACAGGAGGAGGUGCAGCGGCUCUCUCAGGAGCUCGCCCAAACGAGGGCGGACUGCGAGCGCCAGAGCCGAGACGCGGAGGAGAGACACGGGCGGGAAAUGGCAGAGAAGAGCCAAGAGAUUGCUGCGCUCCAAAGAGCAGAGCAGGAUAUGCGCUCCAGCUACGAGGCUCUGCAGUCGGAGAACGCCCACCUGUGGCAGAACGCACAGCGGCCACCAGAGCACUCCUCCGAGGAUGGCUCUUUGGCACAGCAAGGUCAGGAAGCAGGCCUUUGUCUGCAGAGAUCUCGGGGGUUAAUGGAAAUAGGCCUGAAUUCUUGAAAGGACAAAUGCUGGAACCUUGGGAGGAAGGAGCAGUUUUUCAAGCUUUGCUUCUGUUCACUGUGUUGGAACGAUCGGCCCUAGUUAUUUGUUCUUCUGUUUUUUAAAAAAUGGUUACAUUUAUAAACCACCUUUUCCUCUAAGGCGCUCAAGGUGGUGUACAGUGGUACCUCGGGUUCCAGAGGUCCGUUCUUAACCUGAAACUGUUCUUAACCUGAAGCACCACUUUAGCUAAUGGGGCUUCCUGCUGCUGCCGUGCCACUGGAGAACGAUUUCUGUUCUCAUCCUGAAGCAAAGUUCUUAACCCGAGUUACUAUUUCUGGGUUAGGAGAGUCUGUAACCUGAAGCGUACGUAACCUGAGGUACCACUGUACGUGGUGCUAGGACUGUCCUACUCUCAUGUAGGACCCUGGCAGAGACACAUGCCUGACUGGCAUGUUCUCUCCCUCCUGGUUGAUCGUUCGGGAGCUUCAGAAGCUUUCUUCAGCCCGAACAUCACAGCGACUGAUACCAAGAGGCAUCAGCACACUUAAGAUCCUGCAGAGUAUUUGCAGUUUGCGUAACAGAACUCGGUUGCACAGCAUUUUGGCUAAUCUACGUUUAUUUACAUAUAAUGCACUCCUAGCAUUCUGACUUAGCUCCUUCCUCUUUCUCAUCAGACAGCAAAAAGAGAAAGGACAAAGGACAAUAGUCCCAUUUCACGGAACACAGUAACAUAAACAUCCUGUCUCCGUCACUUCCCACUAUGUGGAAUGAAAACACACCGUCAUGUGAUAGACAACAAUCUCAUGACUGCAAACACGGAGCAAGAAUCCUAACACGUGGUUCACCUUCCCCCCUCCAUUUUAUUCUCACAACAACCCUGUGAGGUGGGCCAGGUUGAGACACGGUGGCUGGCCCAAGAUCGCCAAGCAAAUUUCAUGGCCGAAUGAGGAUUUGAACCCUGCUCUCCCGGGACCUUGUCUGACACUAGUUACGCCGUUCGAGGCUUGAGUUUGGCAGCAUUUGUGGGGUUUGCUUGUGAUGACGGUGCUGCAUUGGCUUGAAGAACAGGUCAGCUUGCAGACCUGCCAUCCUGAUUGCUGCACCUUUUGGCAGCCUUUGUCUCCAGGCUGUUGAAAGUGGACCCGAGGGCAGCUCUCAGAAUGGAAGCUUGUCCUUCUUUUACAGAGUGAAAGCCGAGUCCUGGUGACAACCACUCACUGACGGAAAAGCAAAUUCCGCAAGUGUAGUGCAGGAUGACACAGCCCUUUGUUGGUGCUGGCUCCGAAGAGGUGGCGCUGGCUCCAGAUGUGGCUGGGAAACUAACCUUCCACGUUUGUUUCCCCAGGGGAGCUCCCAGAAAGGCCCAAGGAGUCUGACCAUUCACAGGCCGAAUCCAAAGCACUUACAGCUCAGGAAGGAAAGCAGCUCUCUACGCCGAGCGAGGUAACUGCUUCCCCGAAGGCCCCAGCGAACCAGGGAGGGGCAGACCAGCCUGUUUCUGGCCCCCGCCAGCUGUGCAUGUGUCCCUUCAUCAGUCCAUUCCAUCUAUUUCCCACAUCAAUCUGCAAAAGUUAAUUUGUGUUCCCUGUGUCUUUCUGCUCUCCAGCUGGCCACUGGAGAGGAUACAGCAACUUUUGCAAGAAAUGCCUGGCAAGAUGAGCAGCGCAAGACUCUGGAAGCUCUGCAAGCAGAAAAUGGUACCUUUCUUCUUCUUUCGCCACUUUCCACCUUCUAAAACCUGUUUGUGAUCUGCUUUCUCCAGCCAGGGCUGUGUGGCUUCCCCCCAGGAAUCCCGUAUAAAUAGAUUAAGAUGAAGAGCAACUGCUAAUGGUUGCAGGGAAAGGCAGAAGAGCUAUGGGUUCAGUGGGCUGGAGGAUGAUGAUACUGAUAAAUAUACCACCCUUAAUCCAAAGAUCCCAGGGCGGUGUACAACAUUAAGAACAUACCUUACGCAGCAGAAUAGUAAAAACAUAGUACAGUGUAUAACAAUACACAGCAUAAUAAUAAAAUAAUCAUCGUAACAGCUCCCUCCACCUUUAAUAGGCAAGAGGUUAUUUAAGGCCUGGGUAAAGAGGAAUGUUUUUGCCUGGCACAUAAAGUGAUGGCGCCACGCGAGCCUCCUUGGGGAGAGCAUUCCACAACUGGGAGCCACCACAGAAAAAGGCCCCGUUCUCGUGUAACCCUCUCUUGGGAAGGGGGAAAAUAGAGAAGGGCCUCGUACGAUGACUAUGAGUUUUUCUUCAGCUUUCCAGCCCCUCUCCUUUGCAAGGGCCCAGGGUUGUGGGUAGGUCGCACCCUUAAAAAGAAAAUAACCCCCAACAGUGUCUUCAGUGGAACACUCACUGAACCCAGUUAAAAUUCCUGCCUGCUGGCUUGCGCCUGGCCAACCAAAAGCCAACCCAGUUCUUGAGUCCUGUGCUCCAACUUGGACUUCACCUCUUGGAUCAGGGCCUUCCAAGGUCUCUAUGCACACACACAUCUCUUGUGUGUGCUGAUCUUGUACAGGGUUUGCACACAGCCGGGAUAAUUCAGAGUGUUCUUGGCAGAGAUCUUGACACAGCCAGACUCCUGAGAGAUUACGAUAAUCGUGUUUGUUGCAGCGCAAGUGGGUGUUUGCGCUUGGAGGGGGUGGUACUGUUCUAUUGUUAAGCUGGAUGGGCUUUUAAGAUUUCACAUUCAGAUGUAUGUGUUUUUAAGGCAACAGAUAAAUAGACCCUUAACAAGCUUGCAAGGGAGAGACCCCCUGUUCUCCUGUGAUCCGCCUCUUCAGAGCAAGUGGAUUCUGCAAGUUGAGAAUCCAAGAAGGCAGGCUCAGCAUCAGGCAGAGGGCCCCCCCCCAAACUUGAGACUUUUUUAUCUUCGGGGCCAAAGAGCAGAUCAUUUCAUAGAAGUUUAUGGAGUGAUGCGUGGCAUGGAGAGUGCUAGGACUCAGGGACAUCCUAGGAAGCUGAAUUGGGACACGGGUGGCGCUGUGGAUUAAACCACAGAGCCUAGGGCUUGCCGAUCAGAAGGUCGGCGGUUCGAAUCCCCGCGAUGGGGUGAGCUACCAUUGCUCGGUCCCUGCUCCUGCCCACCUAGCAGUUCAAAAGCAUAUCAAGUGUAAGUAGAUAAAUAGGUACCGCUCCAGCGGGAAGGUGAACGGCGUUUCUGUGCGCUGCUCUGGUUCGCCAGAAGCGGCUUAGUCAUGCUGGCCACAUGACCCGCAAGCUGUACGCCGGCUCCCUCGGCCAGUAAAGCGAGAUGAGCGCCACAACCCCAGAGUCGGCCACAACUGGACCUAACGGUCAGGCGUCCCUUUACCUUUACCUUUAGGAAGCUGAAUCUUUGAAGAUUUGGGGCAGAUAAAAGGAAGCCCUUCUUCAUAGUUAAACUAUGGAACUUGUUCCAAAGGUGAAAGGGCAUGGCCUCAACCUGAAUGGCUUUAAACGCAAUGCAGACAAAUUCAUGAAGGCGAUUAUGCUAACAACCCAAGUCCCCUGUAGGGAAAAUUGCACCAUUUCCCUGAACUGCUCCCCUUCCAGUCUUCUCAAUCCUGUUGAGCUUUUACUUUCCCUUGAGAAAUCGUCGCUCUUGAGAAGCGUGUCCCGGUGCCAUCACCUCUUCCAGGACAUCCUGUAACCCUCCUUUCUCUAGAGAGGAUAUGAGCUCAUGGCCUGGCCUGGCCUGACCUGACACCACUCCAUUUACAGCUCUGACCCCAAACUCCGGCCUCCUUCCAGAUCCCGCUUCCUCCUUGGCUUCUUCUUCUGAUUAACACUUCUCCUCCCUCGUCUCCCUUUUCAGAGACCCUCCGCUCCAAAGUUGCCAUGCUGGAAAAGAGGCUCGAAUUCCCUGUGGUUUCGGCAGAGUCAAACCAGGUAACCUCCGAGCAAAAGUAGAAUGGACGAAGAAGCCCUUCCAGUAGGCUAAGCUCUUGGCCUGAGAGCGGCUCCUACUAAGCUGCCCUCUUGGCUGCGCCCAGCAAUCCUCUUUGCUGGUUAUUAUUAGGAGGCUUAAUGUGGGACACACACAGAGAGAACGCUUAGGAAUUUCACCUGGAGUUUUGCCCACCCUCUUAAAUGGGCUUUCAGAGCACUGCUGUUGCGUCCUCAGAGGUGACCCUUCUCCCCUUGUGUUUCCCUUACGUUUUAUAAUAAUAAUAAAUAAUAAAUUUUUAUUUUUACCCCGCCCUUCCCGGUUCAGAAACCAGGCUCAGGGUGGCUAACAACAAAUUUAAAACACUUAAUUGAUGCAACAAAAAACAGCAUAAAAUCCAGUAUAAAACGUGAAUAACAAUAAAUUCAGAAUUCAGAAUUCAAUUGGGGGGGGGGGAAUCCAUCCAAUAAACAUUAGAUGAUCACCAGGGCUAGCUGGCUAAAUUAGUCCUAUUUGGGCCAGCGAGGAGACCAGGGAGAAUUAGCUGUGGGGUCUCAGAGCAGGUAAUCUUCAUAAAAAGGGAAGAGGGAGGGAAGGAAGGGGAAUAAAAGAUCAGGCUGAAUUCAAAUUAAAGGCCAGGCAGAAUAGCUCUGUCUUACAAGCCCUGCAGAAGGAGGUUAAAUCCUGCAGGGCCCUGGUCUCUUGGGACAGAGCAUUCCACCAGGUCGGAGCCAUCACUGAGAAGGCCCUGGCCCUGGUGGAGGAUAGUCUGACUUCCUAAGGGCCUGGGACCUCUAAACUAUGGUUAUUCAUAGACUAUGGUCUAAGACCUCUGCGGGGCAGACCAGGCCUACAUUUUGCAUGUGCAGAGUAUCUUUCAUGCUCUCGGCUUUUUCUCUUGGCAAGCCGCUGCUGUUCCCUGGCCCCUCUGCAGCCAGGUGGUUCUUCGGGAGAGCCAAAAUGCACACCUGCCUCUAAUUUCCACUGGCAAAGAACAGCUCUCCUUUUCACCUGUCCUGAAUGAGAAACUCCUGUUGUAUUCGCAUUAACGACUUCUCAUUUUUUUCUUGUAGCUCAGACAUCAUUCAUAUGUGUGUGUUUGUAUAUGUGUACACACACACACACACACACACACAUAUACCCUAUUUUUCCAUGUAUACGACUAGGUUCUUUCCCUAAAAAAUAAUGUCAAAAAUUAGUGGGCGUCUUAUACUCUGGGCCAUCUCCCCCCAUUUUCUUAAAUCUGAGUCCCCCAAAAUAGGGGGCGUCUUAUACAUGGGGGGGGGUUUAUAGACGGAAAAAUACGGUAUGUUUAUCAUUGGCAUUUGAAGGAACGCUAAUCAAAAUGACAUCUUGGGGGUCUUUUUAGGAGCAAGUAUCAGACCAGUAGAUUAAAGCGAACCAUAAAACUAUUAUUAUUUUGUUUCAUAAAAUUUAUAUUCCGCCUGAUGGUUGGAAAAAACUCAAAGUGGUUUCCAAACAGACAAUAGCCUCAAAUCUAUGAAAGGAGUUCUGUAGAAAUGACUGAGAGAGACGCAAAGAUGUCUGAAAGUUGCACCAAGUGCGGCUUACUGUGCUGCAGUUGGCUCCCCUGAACCCUAAAUUCUGGCAUCACAAACCUGCCACUGCUGUCGGAGGAAGCCCAGCUCUUGAGGGCUGGUCUGGCUGGUGUCUGCUGAGGUUUUCCCCCAGCCUGGAGGGAAAAUCAGUAGCCCUCUGCCCUUGAGAUUUUAUUCCAUUCAUCUUUCCCUUCCUUCAAAGGCUUCAGGCUCAGCAGAGCAAAAUAUCCUCCUAUCUGCAGGCAGGGGAGCCAUGAGAUUUGGUUAGUGAUGAGUCACAACAAUCAGGAAGGGCAGUACAAAGGCUUCUCGCGAGGAGCUUUGAGGGUGCGGCAAAUGGUUGCUGCAGGAGGGGAACGAAUCCACUAGGGGAAAAAAGCUGUGUUAAAAAGAGAACACCACGCUGAGGUUAUGAGAAUUCUUCAUAGACAGUCAGCUAGUCCCCUUGAUGUGGGUUUUCUGCAAGGGAGACAGUUUCUAGUGCAGCAGCCAGUCUGGUGGUUGGUAACACUCGAGACCAGUUUACCUAUGAGAUCAGCUUACCCAACACAUGCCUAGUCCUCCGCUUCAAUCGGCAGAGCUGGCGCUGUUACAAGUGCGACAAAAAACUCGAUAUUUUAGUAAGGCAGCCCCUACACUUUGGAACUCCCUGCCGAUUGAUAGCCGGUAGUGCCGUCACCAAACUCUUUUUGGUGACUGCCAAAAGCAUUGUUGUUUAGACAAGCCUUCUCAGAUCUUUAGAAAGUAGAUAUGAAUUUUAAUCUGCUUUUAGUCCAUGGUUAUUUUGAAAGUUUAAAUUUAUUGUUCUUAAUUUAUUAUUUCAUUUUUUUUGUAUAAGCUGCUUUGAAUCGAGCAAUAUACAAAAUUUAUAAAAUAAAUAAUAAUAAAACACUUCCCUUUCUUUUCUUUUCUCCCAGAAGGUCAGCUGUGUUGAAACAGGCGUUGAAAUGCAAACUUCAGGGCUGACGUCUGGAAUUGAUGACCCCUUCCCUGGGCCUGGCAGUAAGCAUCUCGAAGCUGUGCGAUACAGGCAUUGAGGGGGGAGGCACUUAGGGGACAGGUGGAGGGGCCUCUGGUGGCCUGCUUUCACCUUUCCACAAGUGGGGAGCCACCACAGAAAAGGCCUUGGUACCUCUCAUGGAGGGAGCACAUGCAGAAGGGCAUCAGAGGAUGAUGGCAGCGAUUGAGUCAGUUCAUAUGGAGAGAGGCGAUCCUUGACGUAUUGCAGUCCUGAGCCGUUUAAGGCUUUGUAGGUCAAAACUGUCACUUUGAAAAAUCAAUAGCAAUAAUUUAAAACUUUCAAAUAGUUGAAAGUGCCACAAAGCUGGCUUUUUCUUCAGCUGACUCUCUCCUCUGUUCUUUGGCUAGGUGUGCCUGACGGUCUGAGAAGCAACAGCGUUGAAGGCCUCUGCUCACCAGAUGAUCCUGUUGCCUUAACUCAGGUAGGACCCCACCCCCCGCUUCCAUCUCCUGGAUUUGCUUUCUUGAAUUAUCUCCGUUGUUCUUUUUUUAACAAAAGCCCUGCAAUACUUUCUCUCUUCCCUCCCUGUCCUUUUCCCUUUUGUGCCGUGUUUGGUUAGUAAACCUGCAGGAAGGGACUGUCUUGUCUUGAUUGUACAUAAGCCACCGCAGAAGCAUUUGAGUCAACGUACAAAUGCUCAAAACAAGUAAACAAAAAAUAGGCCCCCUGUCAUCCCCGUGCUACAGUCAUGGGGGGAGGUGGCGGAGAUGGGAGCUCUGAUUGCCUCUGCUGUGCUCAUUCCUCAAACUUUGCCUUGCUGGAGAACUAAACUGCCCCUUCUUCUCAUUUCAGCCCAGCCCAGAGGCCACGGACAACACGCCCCCCGGUGUCCUGGACUACCUUUCUGCAAAGAAACACAAAGAUCUGUCCGUCUUGAUGCUGGAGAUGCAGGAGGCGCAGGAAGAGAUCGCGUUCCUGAAGAGGCAGCUUCAGGACCCUGCCGGAGUUGAGCCUCCGCUGCCAGGGGAGUCACAAGCCAGUGGCGGAGAAGAAGACGGGGUGGUCCUCAUCCAGAGUGAUUCGAGCAGCAGCUCGCUGGUCACCGUAGAAAUUCAGGAGGAGUCCUCUCCCCUUCCGGAGACACUCUUGGGGAAAGACGACCUCUCCACAGAGGACAGAGAAGCAGCUAAGGAGCCUUCUCCAGCAAAGCAAGAACUGGAAAGGUUGCAUCUCGAAAUUGCCGGGCUGCGUGCAAGCCAACAGGAAGCAGAGGAGCUCCACAAGGGGGUCUUGGAAGAGAGAGACACAGAAAUCAGGCUGCUCCAGCAGCUGGCAGAGGGUUCCUCUGGGGCCGUGGACACUCUCCGUGCUGAGAGGGAUCAGCUCCUGUCCCAGCAGAAGGAGCUGGAGGAGCAGGUGAGGCGGCUGGAAGGGGACCUGGCCGACUCGGAGAAGCGGCGGCUCUCCAGCCACGAGAGCGGGGCGUCCCAGCUGGCCCUGCUGCAGGAGCAGCUCCAGAGCUUGCAGAACGAGGCCAAGUCCAAGGAGGUGAAGAUUGCCGCUCUGCAGAAGGACCUGGACGAGACGCAGUGCCGCCUGGUGGAGCAGGACCUGCAGGGGAGGAGCCUGAGAGGCUGUCUGGAGGAGGGGGAGGGGGAAAGGCAGGCGCUGUCAGCACGGCUGCAGGAGGCCUCCGCCAAGGCCGAGGAGCUCUCCCAGAGCCUCGCGUCAAAGGAGUCGGAGGCCGCCCGGCUGCAGGGGCUCCUCUCGGAGAGCGCCGCCGAGGUGGAGAGGCUGCGGCUGGAUGUGGCGGAGCGGGAGCAGCGGAUGGAAGAAGUCAGCAUGGGCAUGUCCAGCCGGAUGGUGCAGCUGAACGAGGAGAAGUUCUUGCUGGGGAAGGAGCUGGCGAGCCUGACGGAACAGCUGAGUCUGGUCGCAGAAAGGAAGGAGACGAGAGAGCAGGGCGUGGGGACGGAGGAGGAGGAGAAGGUGCCUGAGCAGCUGGCGGAGAGAUCUUCACCCACCAGCGAGGAGGCAGAAGCAUUGCGGAAGGAAAACGAGCUCGUCCGGAAGAAGCUGCAGGCGGCUCUUGUCAGCAGGAAGGAGCUCCUGAGCAAGGUCCACAAACUGGAGAAGGCACUGGAAGCAGGGAGCGGGGAGCCUGCAGGGCCUGGGGCCAGAGUCCCAGAGGCCCAUAAGGAUGGAGAGGAAGAGGAACCCCCUGAGAGCAGCGUAAGCGCAGAUGGCAACGGGCGGCCUGCAAGGCGAGGCAGGGCUGCUUCUCUGGGCCAGCUGGUUCCGGAAAAGGAGGCCGAGCUGCAGCGCAUCUUGGGGGAAAAGGAGUCCGCUGUGCUCGCGCUGCAGGCUGUGGUCGGGGAGCUUCGGCAGAGUGUGCAGGAGAAGGACCUCCUCAUCGGUGCCCUGCGAGCUGAACUUGAGGGCCGCAGCUCAGCCCCCGAGAAACAGGCACCAGCCAGAGAGAGCACGGAGGUUUCCGCCAUUCCUCCUGCUCUUCCUCCGUCAGACAGCACUGCUGAACCCAGCCUGGAAGGAGAGCCGAGGGGUGCUCUGGAGGAGAGGAUCUGCGCUCUGGAGCAGGAGAGGGAGCAGCUGCAGAGGAAGCUCCAGGAAGCCCUGGCCUCCCGCAAAGACACCAUCAAGAAGGCCCAGGAGAAGAACCGCCAUCACCGCGAGCAGCUCAAGCAACAGAAGGACGACUACGGUCUCCUGCAGGAGCAGUUUGAGCAGCAGAGCCGAGAGAAGGAGAAGCUGCAGGGUCAGCUCCAGGAUCUGAGCCAGGCCCUGGAGAAGGCCUCUCUCCCUCCCGAAGAUCCGGCCCCUGGAAGCUCCAUGGCGGCCGGAGAUUUUGCAGCUGUGGAAGCACUCAAGGCAGACCUUGAGAAGCUCAGGGCUGAGAAAGGGGAGCUGGAAGCCCAGGUCAGGCACCUGGAAGGGGAGCUCAGGAGCAAGUCUGAGGCAGCUCUGCAGCUCCAGGAGCAAGUCGGGCAGUUGGUAGCUGAGUUGGAAACAGUGAAGGAAGCCUGCCGCCAGGCCGAAACCCGUGCAGCAAGCCUUGGGCGAGAGCUGGAGGAGAGCCAGGCCGAGGCUGCCAGGCAAGAGGAUCUGAGGCUUCGCCAAGCAGCUUUAGAAGAGCAGAAGGAGCUGGCCAGCAAGGAAGAAAUUGAACACCUCAAUGCUCAGCUAGUGGACAAAAGCGAGUCUUUGCGUGGCCUGCAGGCGGUGCUGCAGGAGAGAGAGGAGGCCUUCAAGGCCCUGCAAGGACAGCUGGAGGAGGCCCAAAGCAAGGAGCGGUCCCAGCGCCUGGAGGCUGAAGCCCAGCAGAAGUCGGAAGCGGCGGCCGCCGAGGAGCAGUCCAAGAGCCAGCUGCAAAGGAAACUGCAGGCUGCACUCAUCUCCAGGAAGGAGGUGCUGAAGGAGAGCAAGGCCCUGAAGGAGGAGCUGGCCGGCACCAAGGCUGCUCUGGAGAAGACGUCCCGCCUCCUCUCGGAGGCAGAGAACCGAGCUUCCGAGCUGGGGAAGGAGAAGGAGGCCCUUGGGGAGAGGCUGGCGGCCCUCGGAGAGGAGCGGGAGAAGCUCAUCACGGAAGUGGACAGAGCCCUGGUGGAGAACCAGAAUGUCUCCAGCUCCUGCGAGAGCCUGAAGCUGGCCCUGGAGGGCCUGACCCAGGAGAAGGCCCGCCUGGAGGAGGAGGCGGAUGCCUUGCGGCGCUCCCAAGCCCAGGAGCUCUCCGAGUGGCAGCGGAAGCACGCGGAGCUGCAGGCGGAAUACGAGACCCUCCUGCAGUCGUACGAGAACGUCAGCGGCGAGGCGGAGAGGAUGCAGCGGGUGGUGGAGGGCGUCCGGCAGGAGAAGCAGGAGCUCUUCCUCAAGCUGAAGGGCGUGGAGGCAGAGAAGAGGGAGGCGGAUGCCCGCCUGCAGGGGGCCGAGCAGGAGAUGGAGGGGAUGCGGGAGAAGAUGCGGAAGUUUGCCAAGUCCAAGCAGCAGAAGAUCCUGGAGCUGGAGGAGGAGAACGAGCGGUUGAGGGCGGAGAUCCAUCCUGCGGACGGUUGCCCGGGAGGGGCAGAAGGGGCAGGCGCCGACCUCCAGGAAGAGCUGGAGAGCUCCAGGCAGGACUGCAAAUCCCUUUCCAGCCAGCUGGAGUUUCUCAAGGCUGAGAAGGACGCCCUGAACCAGCAGAUCCAGGACUUGAGGCAAGCGCUGCAAAGCAAAGCACACAUGAAAGAGGAGGAGGAGGAGGUGGCGGCAGUGAAAAGUGAGGAAGUCACUUCCAGCUCCUUGGUGGAGCCCCUAGAGGCUCAGGUGGAUUCAGGAGCACGUUGGCAACCUCCAGAAGCCGCUCCCGCGGGCCUGGACACCCAGGAAGACGAAAUCUGCAAAGCCAGCCCUCCUCGUGACGAAACAAACAGGUCCUUGCAGCAAUUCACUGAACAAGUUGCAGACCUGGAGGAGAAGAGGCAGGUGGCGGAGGAGGAGCUGAGCAGGGUCCGGAGGGAUGUGGAAACCCUGAGCGAGGAGAAGAAAGUGCUGGAGGGACUGUUGGCUGCCAAAGGCCUGGAAGUGGAAGCUCUGCAGGAGAAGGUCCUCGAGAUGGAGCGAGCCAGCCAGCAAACGGAGGAGCAGCUUGCUGGAGCCCUGAAGCUGAAGGAGGCCUUGGAGGCCGAGAAGGACGACCUGGAGGAGAGGCUCAUGAACCAGCUGGCGGAGCUGAACGGGAGCAUCGGGAACUACCAGCAGGACGUGGCGGACUUGCAGAGCAACAACCAGCAGCUCCUGAGCGAGGUGGAGAGCCUUCGAGGGGCCUUGGACCGCUUGGAGGAUGAGAAACGGCAUCUCCUGCAGGAGAAGGCAGAUGCAGAGAGGAAGAAAGAACACGUGGAGAAGCUGAAAGGUGCCUGGAAGGGCGAUAGUGGCCGGGCACAGGUGAAGGAGCUCCAGGAGCUGCUGAGGGCGAAGCAGCAGGAGGUGAAGGAGCUGCAGAAAGGCUGCAUUAAAAGCCAGGAGAAAAUCAGCAGCCUGGAGAAGACCAUCAAGGCCCUGGAGUUCGUCCAGAGCGAGUUCCAGAAGGAGCUGGAUGCCGCCAGGAAGAGCUUGGCCAAGGCCGAAGAGGACACCCAGAAGGCCCAAGCAGAGCUGGCCACCUGCAGAGUCUCGCUGGAUGAUACUCAGAGCGAGGCGGCCAGAGUCUUGGCCGAGAGCCUGAAGGCCAGAGAGGAGCUCCAAGCGAGCAAAGCAGAGGUCCAAGCGCAGCUGAGGGCGAAGGAGAAGGCCCUCGAGAGGCGGCUGGAGCGGGAGAAGGACAAGCACUCGAAGGAGGCGAGGAACAUGGAGGAGAGGCUGCAGGCCCUGCAGAGGGAGCAGGCCCGCUCGGAAGCGGCGGCGCGGGACCUGCGGGAAUCCCUGCGCCGGAAGGACCAGGAGGCCAAGCAGCUGCAAGGCAACCUGAACCACACCUUGGCCCAGCUGGCCGCCUUCACCCGGAGCAUGUCCUCCCUGCAGGACGACAGGGACCGCGUGAUCGACGAGUCCCGGCAGUGGGAGAAGAAGUUCAGCGAGGCCAUUGAGAAGAAGGAGCAGGAGGUGCGCGCCCGGGAGCAGGCCUGCGCCACCUUGGAAGAGCAGGUGAAGCAGAUGGCAGCCCAGGUGGAGGACCUGCAGAGCCGCAUCGCCAGGUAAAGAAGGGUGGCGCUGGGAGGAAGGGGGUGGCUGCCCCCUCCCCAAAAGACUCUGAGCGUGCAGGGAAGGGUUGUGGCCCAGUGAUUAGAGCUGUUCUUGGACCACAACUCCCAUCGUCCAUAGCUAGCAGCGCCACUGGUCAGAGAUGCUGGGAGUUGUAGUUCAACCACAGCUGUUACAUUCAUUCCCCCCAUGUUGGCUUUACUCUAGGUCGGGUAGUAGGCAACCUAAGGCCCGGGGGCCGGAUGCGGCCCAAUCGCCAUCUCAGUCUGGCCCAUGGAUGGUCUGGGAAUCAGAGUGUUUUUACGAGUGGAAUGUGUCCUUUUAUUUAAAAUGCAUCUCUGGGUUAUUUCUGGGGCUUAGGAAUUCGUUCAUUUCCCCCCAAAAUAUAGUCCGGCCCCCUGCUGAAAAAGGUUGCUGACCCCUGCUCUAGGUUCAUCUGGAGUUCAUAGAACAAUAGCUGUAGAAUUGCAAAGGACCUACAAGGGUAAUCUAAUUCCCUGCAAUGCAGGGAUAUCAACUGAAGAAUCCCUGACAGCCGGCCGUCCAGCCUCUUUUUGAAAACUUCCAGGGAAGGAGAGUCCACCACUUUUUGAGGGGGGGAAAUGUUUAGCUGGAAUCUCCUUUCUUGUCACCUGAAUCCAUGGGUAAUAAUAAAUUAUUAUUAUUAUUAUUAUUAUUAUUAUUAUUAUUAUUAUUAUUAGGGUUCUGCCUUCUGGAGCAGCAGGAAACAAGCUUCCAUUCACAGCCCCUCUCUCUCUUCUCCAGCCUAAACACCCCCAACUCCCUCAACCGUUCGGCAUAAGGCUCAGUUUCUAGACCCUUCCCAUUUUCUGCACACCUUCCGCCUGGGUCUCCAUGGGAUUCGUUGGCUAGAUUAUGAAUCUUCCGUUAGCCGUGGGAUCCUGCUUGCUUUUGAUGGGGAGUGAGGACAAAACAACAACAAACCUCUGGUUACGUGAAACAUUGUCAAUAAACACACAAGAUGUAACCGGCUGUAUGUGUGGAAAAAAUGAUAUAUACUAUUUAUUGUAUUGAAUUGUAGAUUUCAACAGAAGUAGCUCAUAAAGGUCAACGAAAAACAUAGAAGACCCAGUGGAUCAAUUCAUUCUCUAAUCAGUUUAUGCAUAAGGUCCAUAUAUGUGAAAGUGUCUAUUCCACCUGCCUGUUCAUGGAGUCCAACAGUCCACACGAAAGGUUGUUGCAGUUCCACAGAAUCCUUUCACAGAGUCUAAGACAAGGAUUUUCGGAAUAUUAGUCUUGUUUUGCCGUUUUGGGCUUCAUCAGUAGUACAAACUCUAGGUAAUGCAAAUAAAUAUAAUAUCGUAAUCUCACACAUUUUUACAGCAAAAAUAAUAUAAAAACCGUCAGCAACUGUACAUACCAUAUAUGAUAUCACAGGACAGUGGAUCUUAGUAGCAGCUGCUGUUGUUGAAAUCUACAAUACAAUGAAUAGUAUAUAUCAUUUUUUCAAAUGUACAGCUAGUUACGUCUUGUGUGUUUAUUGAUUAGGGAGUGAGGACAGGCAGAGGACUUUCCUGCUUUGUGUCUGAUCCUGCCCUUCUCUGCUUUCGCAGCCUGGAACGCAGCAAAUCGGCACAGGACUCCAGAGCCCAGAAGGAGCACCAGCGUCUCCUGGAGGAAGCUGAGUCGCUCCAGGAGGAGAAAAGGGGGCUGGUGAUGCAGCUGGAGGAAGCCCAGCGGCUGCUCCGAGACUCCCAGGACCAGAUCCAGAAACAGGAAGCGCAGCUCCAGAGCCAGAGCGAGAAGCUGGCCGGCCUGCAGGACUCCUUCACGAAGUGCCUGGAGGAAGUGGACAGGCUGGCGGCCACGGCGAAAACCCAAGAGGCUGACCUGCGAGAGAGCCGGCUGAGUCGGGAGCAGCUGGAGGCUGACCUGCGGGCAUCCAAGGACCUGACGGACAGGCUCCACGCGGAGAUGAGCGUCACGGACCAGAAGAUCAUCAGCCUGGUGGCCGCCAAGGAAGAGGCCGUUUCCUCCGCCGUGUCGGAGCUGCAGCGGCAGCACCAGGAGGAGCUGAAGGAGCUGGAUGCCAGGAUCAGCCAGGCGGGAGAGGAGAGGGCAGCCUCGGAGGCCGAGAAGGUAAAAGCCCUGGAGAAGGUGGAGCAGCUGGGCAGGAAGCUCCAGAGCACCCAGGAGGAGAGCAAGCACCACAAGGCCCAGCUGGACUCCUUCACCAAGUCCAUGUCCUCCCUGCAGGACGACCGGGAACGGGUCCUGGGCGACUAUCGCCAGCUGGAGCAACGGCACCUGGCGGCCAUCCUGGAGAAGGACCAGCUGAUCCAAGAGGCGGCGGCCGAGAACAACCGACUUAAGGGGGAGCUGCGGAGCCUCCACAGCCGCAUGGACGACCUGCACGCCGAGAACGCCAAGCUGGACGCCGAACUGGUGCGCUACCGCCAGGACCUGAACCAGCUGCUCUCCAUCAAGGACAGCCAGCAGAAGCAGCUGCUCAAGACCCAGCUGGAGCGCAUCCGGGCGCUGGAGGAACAGCUGCGGGAGUCCGAGCGUGUGGUGGAGGCCCUGCGGCUGGAGAAGCGCAGCCUGGGGGAGCAGGCAGAGUUGCUUGCGGCCUCCCUCUCCCGGGCGCAGAGCGAGGUGGCGGCCCUGCGUGAGGACGGGCCCCUCCUGGAGCUGCAGGCGCAGCUGCUGGGCAAAGGGGAGGAAGCGGAGGAGCUGAGCGGGCAGCUCUCGCUCGCCCGGAGGCAGGCGGCGGAGCUGGAGGAGGAGCUGGCCCUGCUCCGGCAGAGCACCAGCCACAAGAUGCAGGAGGCGGAAGCCCAGAUGAAGGCGGAGCUGAAGAGCUUGCACCACGACGCCGGGCUGAUGCGGAACGAGACGGAGACGGCAGAGGAGCGGGUGGCCGAGCUGGCCAAAGACCUCCUCGAGAUGGAGCAGAGCCUCCUGGCUGUCACAGAGGAGAACCAGGACCUGAAGGCCCAAGUCCAGUCCUUCGGGAAGGCCAUGAGCUCACUCCAGGACAGCUGGGAUGAGUGCAACGAAGAGCUCCGCGCCAUGGAGAAGAAGUAUUCGGCGGACUUGGAAGAGCAGCGCUUGCUGGUUCAGAGCCUCCAGGAGGAGAAGGCUCGGUUCCAGGAGGAGCAGAAGAGCCUCGCGGAGCAGCGAGACGCCUUGGCCUCUGAACUGGCGGCCCUCCGGAAGUCGGUGGAAGAGAAGGGCCUCCUGGCACGACUGGAGAAGCUUGGCCAGCAGCUGAAGGUCAAAGACACCGAGGUGGUUCGCCUGGUCUCCGAGCUGGAGGGGGCCUCUGGCCAGGUCAAGUCCUUCUCCAAGGCCAUGGCUAGCCUGCAGGGCGAGCGAGACCGAUUGAUGGGCGAGCUGGAGAAGGCCCGCAAAGUGGAGGAGGCCAAGCUGCAGUCGGCGACCAGCGCUUCCAGUAGCCUCGCCGAAGUGCCCAGCCUCAAGAAGGCCUUGUCUGCUCUGCAGGAUGACCGGGACAGGCUGGUGAGUCCUUGGUUUUUGCCGCAUUCUGCUCAUUUCACUUUUCUCAAGGGUCUUCCUUGAAGCUGGGGAUUCUCAGCACAUCCUGCUGUCUAGAGUAGAGGUAAAGGGACCCCUGACCAUUAGGUCCAGUCGUGGCCGACUCUGGGGUUGCAGCGCUCAUCUCGCUCUAUAGGCCGAGGGAGCUGACGCUUGUCCACAGACAGUUUUUCCGGGUCAUGUGGCCAGUAUGACUAAGCCGCUUCUGCCGAACCAGAGCAGCACACAGAAACGCAGUUUACCUUCCCACUGCAGCGGUACCUAUUUAUCUACUUGCACUUAGAUGUGCUUUUGAACUGCUAGGUUGGCAGGAGCAGGGACCGAGCAACGGGAGCUCACCCCGUUGCGGGGAUUCGAACCGCUGACCCUUCUGAUUGGCAAGCCCUAGGUUCUGUGGUUUAACCCACAGCGCCACCCACGUCCCGCUGUCUAGAGUAGUGGAUCCUAAAGUCUUUCGUGCCCCUGCUCCCUUGGUUCCGUAAACCCAUCCCUAGUGCCACCCCCCACCGUACCCUAUAAAAUGCCUUAUUCCGAAUAGUGGUUUGCACCACCCACUAAGCAAAACAACACAAUAGAAUUCAGAACAGUAACAGUUAAUUGCACAUUUAUUAAGAAUCCAAUCUAGAGUCAUAGAAAAAGUAAGUUAAUAGGCAUGAGUGUGACAUUCACACACACAAAAUAAAUAUGUCCUCUGAUCUAAUCCUGAAGUUCUGGUUCUACAUGAAUUUAAUUCUGCCUCCCUGUUGCCUCGCCUAUCCUCUAAUACACACGCACCCCUUGCAGAGGGUGCAGACAGACUUGCCUCUGGGGGAGGAAAAUUCCCUUUGGGGGUUCAGUACAGAGGCUCAAAGCAGAUUUCCAGCUAGUCAGCCUCCCCCCCCCCCCAUAUUGCAUAACUGGACAGCGUCCAAAUGAGUCUGUAAGAGCAUAUCCAUGAACACACACCCUGUAUGGGAAAAAAUGUUUCGUCUUGGCUGUUUGUUCUUCAGCCUGCCACCUUCUGCAAGCUCAGCACCUCUUCCACCACAGUCCUUAGAAACACUUCCCCAACCCAUGUUGUUGGCUGUAUGUGCAGAGACCUCCUUGCCCCUGAUCUGGAGUGGUUCUGCACCCUAAACUGGUUCUCCCUCUUACGUAUCUGGCACUGGGUUUUGGCAGAAUUCCUUUUCCACCUCUCAGGUUUCUUUUCACAGAGCUGAAGUAUAUUAUUGAGUGAUUGUUGGUAAAUGCAGUUUUUGUGUGCGCUGCUUAGGGUUUGUAAUUACAGUGGUGCCUCGCAAGACGAAAUCAAUUCGUUCUGCGAGUUUUUUCGUCUUGCGAAUUUUUCGUCUUGUGAAGCACGGUUUCCCAUAGGGUAUUAACGGUUUUAAGAAAAAGGAAACAAACUUGCAAGACGUUUUCGUUUUGCGAAGCAAGCCCAUAGGGAAAUUCGUCUUGCGAAGCAACUCAAAAAACGAAAAAACUCUUUCGUCUUGCGCGUUUUUCGUCUUGCGAGGUAUUCGUCUUGCGAGGUACCACUGUAUUAUUAUUUAUUGAAUUUAUAUACUGCCCUAUACCUGCAGGUCUUGGGGCUGUUUACAGAAUAAAAUCAAAAUAUAAAACCACAAAUUCCAUAAUCAAAAUAAAAACAACAAUAACCCCUUCCCCCCAACCCCCCCACAUUUAAAAAGGGCAUAGGAUGAUUAAACGGUUUCUACAUAAUAGAGAACUAGAGAUUCUUCAUAGCCUAACACUUAUUUUAUUUUUUUAGUCAGACUCAGGGAGAACAAUCAAAGGCAACUGGGGGAAAUGUAUUAAAAGCUUUUGUAGGGGGGAAAUUGUAAUGAGAUCCACAGAGUCUUGUAUUCUGGGUUAAUUUGGCUUGAAGUUCUGUGCCUGAAACCAAGAGAUGGGCAGGUGUGGGGAACUUCUGGCUCUCCCGAUGUUGCUGAACUACAACUCCCAUCAGCCCCGGCAAGCAUGGCCUGUGGCCAGGGAUAAUGGGAGUUGUAGUUCAGCAACCUCUGGAAGGCUGAGGGUUCCCCGUACUUGAGGUGGUGAGUUUUCCCCAAGGGCGUCACGCGGGGAUGGUCUGCAGACAUUGACCCUUGGAGCCUUCUGAGUGGCAGGCUUAACCCAUCUCUUCUCUUUCCUUCUCUCAUACACCUUAUUUCAAUGAGCUGACUUUUGUACAACUUCGGAAAGCUUUUAUAGAGUUACGAUUAAAUGCAAUAAACUCUGCUUAUAGAGAUGGGAGACACAGAGGCGUACCAACGAACGUGUUUGCAUUAGGGGAUGUCCUGAAGUAGAGGACCUUAUGCAUUAUAUCUUGCGCUGCCCCUUAUAUAAUGAAGCAAGAGAACGAUUUUUAGCACCUAUAAUGACAAGGUCCCCUGGCCAGAACCCCUCUGACAUGAUUUUAUAUCUCCUCGCAGACACAGGUAAGUAUGUGAUCUGGCUUGUAGCACUCUUUGAAACUGCCACUAGGAAAAUUAGAGCAAAUUAUAUAGCCAAGAUAGCCGCCAACUGUAAAGGAGAUGAAUUUAUUUGACCCUGUCUAAAUCAAGCUAUAUUCUAUCUUUAUCACCAAACUCCGAAUAUAAUUGCACAUUGUAUUAAUUAACAUUAUUUUUUAAUAUAUUAGUGGCCAUGUGGUGAUUUUAGCCUAUAAAUUUUAUUGUUUAAUGUCUUAACCUGUAUAUUAGGAUACUUUUAUAGUUCUGUUUAGAGGAGGUAAUGAUAAUAUAAAUGUUUUAAGUUUUUUGUAUUAAUCCAGCAUACAGUGGUACCUCUGGAUGCGAACGGGAUCCGUUCCAGAGCCCCGUUCGCAUCCUGAAGCGAACAUAAGAUGCGACUGCUCGUCAGCGCAUGCGCGGGUUGCAUUUCGCUGCUUCCGCACAUGCACGUGACGUCAUUUUUAGCAUCUGCACAUGCGCGAGCGGCGAAACCCGGAAGUAACGCACUCUGUUACUUCCGGGUCGCUGCGGAGUGCAACCCAAAAAUAUUUAAGCUGAAGCGUAUUCAUCCCGAGGUAUGACUGUAUUUUCUUUUAAUUGUUGAAUGAUUCUGUGUACAUUGCGGCAGCCUUUUGCUAUGUGCACUAAAACUGACUGACUGACUGACUGACUUUCCUUCUCUCCUGCCCAAGCUGGUGGAGCUGAAAAACCUCCAGCAGCAGUACCUGCAGGUUGGGGUGGACACAGCAGAGAUCGCGCGCCUGAAGGCCCAGGUGGAAGAGCAGAAGCAAGAGGUGGAGCAUCUGAGGCAGGACGGGGCCUCUUGGCAGAUGGAGCUCCACCAGCUCAGGUGAGUCUCACCCUGUCACAGAGGCAGGGGGAAAGCUUAGUGCUGGAAGUUUCAGCACAGAGCAAAGAAACACCUCCUCUAAGCAGUGCAUUCUUAAACUACGGAACUCCCUGCCACUGGAGGCAGGGAUGGCCACCAACCUGGUGUUGGGAUGUGUCCGGGGAGACGGGGGCAUUUGGCAGGCCCCCAGCUGGCUCCAGCCACUGGCCGGCAGCCGGGCGAACUCCGGAACAGCAUCAAUCAGCGACUUGAGCCUCCAAUACAUUCAGAAGCUGAGCACACUCAUCAGCAGAGUGAGUAAAUCUUCACAACGGAAGUGGCGGACAGAGACAUGUGUAAGCAUUAUUUACAGGCGUUUAUUCAGCAUAGUCCAGGAACAAAGGCAAACAUGUCUGCUUCCCUUCGUGUUCAACAAAAGAGCAAUAUAGCAAAAGCAAUAUACAACGGAAAUUCCCAGCAGGCUGUGCUGGAAGUAAACAGGCAUGUGACACACAACAGUCAUGCCUGUUCCUUUUAAGGUGGAAUGGAACUAUAUCCCAACAUCCUCCCCCUUUCCAUGUAAUUUGUAGUACCUGUGGUUCAACCCAAUUGCAACCUCUGUACAUAAACCUUAAGUUGUUUUCUGUUAACGACCGUAGAAAACAGAUCUGCAGGAAUUUCAUUGCCUGGCAUGUAGAACACCUGAAGGAGUCCUUUCUGAAUAUACUCUCUUGCACGAUGUAACGAGGUAUAAAGUGUGGGUGCUGCCACGUUAAAUGCCAAUUUCUUACAAAAGCAGAAUGGGUAUGAUGUGGCCCUUUUCCUUUUUAUUUGUUCUGACUUUUGUCAAAAUUGCACCCCGUUCUUCUCUCAGGUUGGUGCAGCAGGGGUUGCCAUUAUCCUCACAGCUGCCUUUGACUCGCGAUCAAGCAGCGAGUUUCGCGGCUGGCCAAGGAUUUGAACUCGGGCUUCUUCAGAUCCAACCCCAGCCUUCCACACCGGCUGCUGCGCACAUUCAUUUCUCUAGCAAAUCUCCUCUGUCUGGAGCCUGGCCUUGGGGCACCCUCCUUGACAGUUCCCCAGAGCUCUCUUGACUUUGGUGCAACAACCGCUGUUCCCAAACUCAUCACAGCCUCACCAGGAAGCACCAUGUGAGCUUUGGUGGGCAGGUCGCCCUUUUCCCCCACCCCACCAUGUGCCGCCUCUGCAGUUCCUCUCUUGUGAUGUCUUGCAGGGAGGAGAAAGCAUCUUGGAAGCUGGAGGCCCCAUCGGCCACGGGGCAGGAGCAGAGUUCCUUGCGGAGAGCAGUGCAGGAGGGAGAGAGACCUGGUGCACGAAUCGUGGUGGAAGAGGAGCAGCGCCAGAGACAGGUGAGGCUGGGGGUGGUGUGGUGGGUGGGACUGACGUCGCACCGGGGCCCUUUGCCCAGGCCUUUUCCCAAACUGAGGUUACAAGAACAUCAGGAAAAGCUUUCUUGAGAGUUGUUAGACAAUCCUUCCUUGGAGGUUUAUAAGCAGAGGUCGAAGGACCACCUGUCAUGUAUGAUCUAGUGGAGAUUCCUGCAUUUCAGGGGGUUGGACUUGGGUCCCUUCCAACAUGACAAUAUAAUAAUAAUAAUAAUAAUAAUAAUAAUAAUAAUAAUAAUAAUAAUUUAUUUAUACCCUGCCUAUCUGGCUGGGUUUCCCCAGCCACUCUGGGCAGCUCCCAAUAGAAUAUUAAAAACACGAUCAAACAUUAAAAACUUCCCUAAACAGGGCUGCCUUCAGAUGUCUUCUAAAAGUCAGAUAGUGGUUCCUUGACAUCUGAUGUGAGGGCGUUCCUCAGUGUGGGUGCCACCACCGAGAAGACCCUCUACCUGGUUUUUAUGCUUCCAUGCCAUCCUGUUUCUUUCUUUUUAAAAAGAUUUUAUUGAAGUAAAUCAAACAAACAGGCAAUAACCACACAAGGGUUACAUUUGAGGGGUCCACAUGCAAAGGCAAAAUCAGGAAGACCCUCAAAUGCUCCCCAACCUCUGCUUGAUUCUUCCUGCCUGUCUGGAGUGGGCUUUGCCUACUGGCCCUAUAGGGAGGUUGGGAGAGUCUGGUAAGCCCUUCGGGUCCCUUCCAAGACUCCACUUCCGUCAUUUCUGUACAUCUAGGUCUUGGCCUAGGGACGUGGGUGGCGCUGUGGGUUAAACCACUGAGCCUAGGGCUUGCUGAUCAGAAGGUCAGCGGUUUGAAUCCCCACAACAGGGUGAGCUCCCGUUGCUCGGUCUCUGCUCCUGCCAACCUAGCAGUUCAAAAGCACAUAAAAGUGCAAGUAGAUAAACAGGUACCACUCCGGUGGGAGGGUAAACAGCGUUUCCGUGCGCUGCUCUGGUUCGCCAGAAGCGGCUUAAGUCAUGCUGGCCACAUGACCCAGAAGUUGUACGCCGGCUCCCUCGGCCAAUAAAGCGAGAUGAGCGCUGCAACCCCAGAGUUGGCCACGACUGGACCUAAUGGUCAGGGGUCCCUUUACUGUUACCUAGGUUUUGGCCGGGCUCUUGGGAGCCCCUGGCCCUUGGCUGUGCAGUUCCCCCAGGCCCAGCUGAGUGGCUGUGCACCGAGGGCUCAGGUAUUUGUCUCCCUGCAGGCUGCCCCAGGAGUCACCGGUUCCAGCAAGACUUUGCAGGGAGCUGUGUCUGGUCAAGAGGCUGAUACCAACAGCCUCCAGGCCCAGCUGAGCAGCACUUUGAAGGAGCUGCACCAAAAAGAAUUGCGGGUCCAGCAGCUGAACAGCAAGGUAGGAGGGAGGGCAAGGGGAGGUGGGUGGGCUCCUCAGAAUGUGCAUAUUAUGCAUCAGUGACGGUGAGGGAAUUGUCUGUUGUUCAAAGUGGAUUGUCUCCAGUUCUUGUGCUUUCCCUCUCCUCGCAGUGACCACCUCUGCUCUCCCUGUGUCAAAUGUGCUUCUUCCUCACAGAGGAUUAAAGCCCUCCGGUUUGUUUCCACAGACAGGACGGCCAGAAACUGACAGAAUAGAAUAGAAUAGAAUAGAAUAGAAUAGAAUAGAAUAGAAUAGAAUUUAUUAUUUAUACCCCACCUAUCUGGCUGGAUUUCCUCAGCCACUCAGGGCAGCUUCCAACAGAGUAUUAAAAUACAGUGGUCUGUUAAACAUUAAAAGUUUCCCUAAACAGGGCUGCCUUCAGAUGUCUUCUAAAAGUCUGGUAGUUGUUGUUCUCUUUGACAUCUGGUGGAAGGGCGUUCCACAGGGCGGGCGCCACCACCGAGAAGGCCCUCUAUCUGGUUCCCUGUAACUUGGCUUCCCGCAGUGAGGGAACCGCCAGAAGACCCUUGGCAUUGGACCUCAGUGUCCGGGCAGAACGAAGGGGGUGGAGACGCUCCUUCAGGUCUACUGGCAUAGCUGUCAACCUUCCCUUUUUUUGCGGGAAAUUCCCUUAUUCCAGCGCCGUUUCCCACUGCUUCCUGCUGCUAUCCCAGAUUGAUAGAUAUCCCGUAGACUGUCCCCGGGACAGGUGAGGCUGCUGAUCCCUUAUUUUUGAAGCUGCUCAUCCCUUAUUUUCAAAUCUGAAAGUUGACAGCUAUGUCUACUGGACUGAGGACCUUUAGGCUUUAAAGCACCAACACUUUGAAUUAUGCUCAGAAACAUCCUGGGGGACAUGAUGGUCAGCUGAGGAAGACAUCUCAGCCCCUCUCUCCAGCUCUCUCAGGUCUUCGAGGAGAAGAACUCGCUCUCCCUCCAGCUGCGGGGGAGCAGCCGCAACCUGCGCGAGAGCCACCAGCGCUACAACGAGGUUCUUGCCCGCUGUGAGGCCCUGGAGAAUCAGCUGCGGGAGCUCCAGACCCCAGUGAAGGACUCGGUAAGCCUGAGACUCGCUGGGCUGCAGAGGCCGACUGAAACCGUGCCAUUCUCAGACUACACGCAAAUUCUGGUUCCCUCUCUCGGUUACAGCUCCCUAUCAGAGCACGUGUGUUUGCUUCAGGCCUGUAAGCCUGGCUGCCUCUGCCAUGCAAGAAUUGCCUGAAACCUGGCCAUGGGGGGGGGGUGGCACUCGUGCAGGACCUGUGGCGAUCUGUCCCGUGCCUUAAUGUGUGCUUUCUGCCCUGCCCAGGGCUCCCUGCCGACAGACGCUGCUCCCGGAGCCCCCCAGGAAAGAAGUGAGCACCCCAGGGAGAGCUACACGCCCGAGCUGCAGGAACUGCAGAUGAGGUGAGUGCCAGUUUUGGAGCCGGGAGGUGGUGGUUGCUCACAACCACCCUGUGAGGUAGGUUAGGCUGAGAGAGGCAAUGACUGCCCCCCCCCGACACCCAAGGAGCUUCGUGGUGGAGCAGGGAUUCAAACCCUGGUCUCUCUCGGGUCCUAGUCCAGCUCUAACCACUGUGCCGCAUGGCAUAGGCCGUGCAGCUGCCAUCAGGGAGAGCCUUGCUCCUCACCGCCCUUCUCUUUGCUGCAGGCUCUCGGAGGCCAGGCAGCAGCAGAGCAGCGCCAGGCAGGGCCUCUUGCACCUGGAGGAGCUGCUGCAGGAGGAGCGGGACCAGCGCCUGGCGGCCGAGGAGGCCUUUGCUGCAGCCCAGGAUCACAUCCGCAGGUGAGUCACGGGCCUGGCCCCGGCUUCCAUGACCAGGUUGUGUGUGUGUGUAAAGAUAUAGAUAUAGAUAUAUAGAUAGAUAUAGAUAACGUACGCAUACAGUGGACGCUGGGGUUGUGAACAUGUUCCAUGUGGGAUGCACAUUCGCAACCCGCAGCGGCAUCUCGGCACAUGUGUGGGUUGCGGUUCGGCGCUUCUGCGCAUGCGCAAAGCGCGAUUUAGCACUUCUGCGCAUGUGCAACUGCCAAAACCUGGAGAUAACCCGUUCCAGUACUUCCGGGUUUUGGCGGGUCCGUAACCCGAAAAAAUGCAACCUUUAGCGUCUGUAACCCAAGGUAUGACUGUGUGUGUGUGUGUGUGUGUGUGAGUGUGUUUGUGUAUACAUAUACAUGUACAUAUACAUAUACAUACAUACUGUAUUUUUCUGUGUAUAAGAUGCCCCCAUGUAUUAGACGGCUCCUAUUCUGGGGGACUAAAUUUAAAGAAAAUGAGGGGAGAUGGCCCAAAGUUGUUGCCCUUUUUUAAGGGGGAAUUGCACCCCAGCAGAACCAUUGCUGGGGAUUGGCAAAGUGGGCAGCUGCUCCCCCCACACUCUCAUGUUCGGGCAUCCCAGCGGACACUGAGCUGCUUUGGGCAAAAGAUUCCUGCAUUUGAAGGGGUUUCAUUACAUGGCCCUCCUGGUCCCUUCCAAAUCUGGAUCAGGCCAGCAGCCCAUCCUGUCCUCACACUGGCCAGCCAGAUGCAAAUGGGAUCCGAGUACAAGAGCAGCUUCCCCUACUGAGGUUUCCAGCAAGCAGGAUCCAGGAGCGUUGCUGCUUCCAGCGUGACUUGGAAGAGGCCAGUCGAAGCGGCCUUCCAGAAGGGCUUCCACAACCCAUGAUAGGGGCCAGGGCUGACUGAUCCACAGUUGGCUGAUCCCUCCCCGCUAAACCAUAGCUGUCAACGUUUCCCUUUUUUAAAGGGAAAUUCCCUUAUUCCUAAUAGAAUUCCUUGCAAGAAAAGGGAAAAAUUGACAACUAUGCUAAACUGAUGAAUCAAGGAAGUACAGUGGUACCUCUGGUUGCAGACGCUUCAGGUUACCGUCUCUGCUAACCCAGAAAUAGUACCUCGGGUUAAGAACUUAUUGCAAAGUAUUGGAAGACACAAGAUUUACCCACCCUGGAAGAGUGGCAGAUGAAGGUGAUGGACUAUAUGGAAUUGGCGGAAAUGACUGGCAGAAUCCGAGACCAGGGAGAAGAGUUGGUGGAAGAAGAUUGGAAGAAAUUUAAAGACUAUUUGCAGAAAUACUGUAAAAUUAAUGAAUGUUAAAAUGAUGUUGGAUUGAAAAUAAGUGGUUUUGGUAAUAAGCUUAAAAAGAAUAUGCAAAUACAGAUAGUCAUAUGGACAAAAAUAUAUAGUUAUAAUAGGUUAAGUCACAGAGUAAAGAUAAAUGAAAGAGGGUAAGGAUUUGCUGAAAGGAUUUUGUAAACGGGAAUACAAAAAGGGGAGGUGUGAGGAGGUCAAGGAAAUAAGUAAAUGAGCCUAAAGAUAUUGAAAAAUGGAUUUUUCUUUAAUUUUUUUUUUAAGCCAUCUGUUUUUUGUAUUUUGUAUUUCCUUUUUUUUCUCUCUCUCUCUUCUAGGAUUUUUUUUUCUUUUUUUUUGGUAAUUUUUUGUAUUUUUCUUGUUAUCUUUUUUCUUUUUCUGUCUAUGUUUCCUUUUUAGUUUGUUAAACCUAUGUUUAUUGUAAAAUCCUAAUAAACAUUUUAUAUAAAAAAAAGAGGAACUUUGCUUCAGGAUGAGAACAGAAAUCGUGCUCUGGUGGUGCAGCGGCAGCAGGAGGCCCCAUUAGCUAAAGUGGUACCUCAGGUUAAGAACAGUUCAAGGUUAAGAACGGACCUCCAGAACGAAUUAAGUUCUUAACCCGAGGUACCACUGUAGAUGCCACUCUGAGGUGCACAGAGCCCCAGUGGCAAUGCAGAUUUCCCUCACCCCAGAGCUGAGCUCCACCGAUGUCCUGAGUUGGGGCGGGGGCUGUGUACAAUUUUGGAGGCCAUAUUUGCCGCUGACGUAGCCCCAAGGAGUUGGCUCCUUUGAACUGAAAGAAUAGCCACCCUUGGUCUGAGGGGUAUAGCUGCUUGUUCAAGCAUCUUGGCUGCUCAUGGGCUGCCCGGCUGCCCGUCAGCCAUGGGGCACUAAUCCGCGUCUCUCUCUCUCUCUCUCUCUCCCCCCUGCAGGUUAGAAUCAAGUGAGUGGGCCCACUCUUUGGACACCAGCAUUGAAAUACCCACCAGCCCUGAGCACGCCCUGCUUGUAGGUCCCACAGACACCUCUUACAGCAAGGUAAGCCUCUUCCCAGCAGGCGAGGGCCCACCUCUCCUACAAGGGAGCCUCAGCUCCACUCUCUCCCUCCACCCCAGCCAGAGUGGGCAAGCCAAGCUAGAAUGAUCUGCCAUCAGUGGGCAUCUUUAAGGCCAAGUCUGUCCACAAUCCACUUGGGUCAUUUGAACCUGACUGCCUUUCCAGUUACAAACAGCAUCUUCUGGUUCUCCCUGCUGCACCAGACAUUGCAUUACUGUUCAUUUAUAUGCUGCCUUUCAGCCGAAAAGCCUUCCGUCAAGAAAUAAAUGCAUGCAAAUACAGAGUAAUGCACACAGUACAAGUUCAGCAGUGGUAGAACACGUCUGUGUACCUACCAAAAGAUGGUGAUGAAUGUUCCCUACAAAAAUGUUAAGACAAGAAGCGGCAUCUUCGCUUUGCAAGGGUCCCAGGCAUCCGGGAUAAGGCAAGGCAGGUGGGAAAACAUUCCCGUGAUGGCUCCAGCAGACUCUCCCCUGUAGCAAUAUACAGUGGUACCUUGGCAGUUGAACGGAAUCCGUUCCUGAAGUCCGUUCGACAUUUGGAAACCAAAGUGCAGCUUCCGAUUGGCUGCAGGAAGCCCCAUCGGACGUUCGGCUUCCGAAAACAGGUCGCAAACCAGAACACUCACUUCCGGGUUUGCAGCAUUCAGGAGCCAAAGCGUUCGAGAACCAAGCUGUUCGAAAACCAGGGUACAAUUGUAUAACCUCCUGCAAAAGUCAAUGCGCUUCGCUUCUGGAACCCAUAGAAUAGGAAUAGGAAAUAGGAAAUUUAUACCUCGCCCAUCUGGCUGGGUCUCCCCAGCCACUCUUGGUGGCUUCCAACAGAGUAUUAAAAUACAAUGGUCUAUUAAACAUUAAAAACCUCCCUAAAGAGGGCUUCCUUCAGAUGUCUUCUAAAAGUUUGGUAGUUAUUUUUCUCUUUGACAUCUGGUGGAAGGGUGUUCCACAGGGUGGGUGCCACCACCGAGAAGGCCCUCUGCCUGGUUCCCUGUAACUUGGCUUCUCAAAGUGAGGGAACCGCCAGAAGACCCUCGGUGCUGGACCUCAGUGUCCAGGCAGAAGGAUGGGGAUGGAGACGCUCCUUCAGGUAUGCUGGAUCGAGGCCGUUUAGGGCUUUAAAGGUCAGCACCAACACUUUGAAUUGUGCCUGGAAACGUACUGGUGAAACCCAAAUGGGCCCAUGUUGCUGUCCUAGGCACCUGCCUCUCCUGUGGCCCUUUGCGACAGGAGUUGACUUGAGUUGAAGCCCCCCUUUGGUAGACUUGCCUCGUAACCUCUCCUUGCUUUCUCCCCAGACUCGAGGGGGCGUGGGGCUGCGGCGCAUCCUCCACUCGCUCUUCUGUUCCCGCCGGCGCCUGCCCCUCCUGGCAACUCUCUACCUCCUCACGGUCCACGUGCUCCUCCUUCUCUGCUUCACGGGCCACUUGUGAGAACAGCCCCCCGGAGUGGGGUGGGGCACGUGAGUUGUCCGGGUUGCUGCCGAGCCCCCGUCCCUGGAGGACCCUGCCUUGCUGUCGACGGAUGAGAAGGCUGAUUUGGGAGACUCCGUCACCUUGGGGAGGCUGGCUGGAGGCCGCAGGGAGUGUUGCAGAGAGCUCAGGGUGGCCCCCAGCCCGCGGAAGGGCGGGGCCAGCGGCCCUUGACUGGGCCACGCGUUGGUUUUGUUCGUGUUCUUCGAGGGAAGUGUUGGGGGGUGGCGGCGUUUACACGGUUCACUUUUGCACACUGAAUUCGGGGUGAAGUCGCUUCGCGUUUAACCUGGCGCCUUCCAGAUCUGUUUUAGACUAUGAUUCUCACCAGCCCUCAGCAAUGGAGGGGCUGAGACUUUGAAACAUCUGGGGGGCACCAGGUUUCCAAAGUUCAUUUGGGAGGGGAAUACAAGCGGAGGUUGUGCCUAAGGUCCUCCCCCCCCCCCCAUUUUUAACAAUGCUGCAGUGGUUGUAAUCUACAGGCGAAGGGAAGUCAGUCUGUGGAAUCGCAGCCCACCGAGGGCCAGACCCGCUUUCUGUGCUGAUUCCGCAGGUAUUGGCAGAGCCUGAUUCUGGGGAAGGGACCAAGGGGAACUCGAUCAACUUCCAGCUUGCCUUUUCUCUCUUUUAUUUCUUCGUGCUCUGUGAUUUUGGCACCAGGGGGGCUGGAAGGGUGGCAUCGAAAGGGACAGAAGCCCCAGGCGUACAUCUCUUAUCGGCGGCUCCCCACCCGACAGAGGCAGAGAGAAGGGGGUUGAAUGGCUUCAUGCUCACCAGUGAAGAUAAAUCAACUUGUCUGUGGCCGCUGAGCCCGUUUCCUACACCAUGCAGAGGAGAGGAAAUCAGGGUAGAUGUGGGGGGAGCAGAGUUAUGAAACCCACCCCUCAGCUUUCCGUUGGAGGGGCAGGAUGUCUUAGCCCUGCUUGGUGGGGUGUUUUAACUGUUUCCAUUGUGCACAGACAUUUUGGGAUAGCUCUUCCCUUGCAGUUCAGGAGGCUGCUGGAAGCAUCCUCUGUGGUCGUCGAGCUGAGACCCUGCCAGCCGUUUUUUGGGGGUGUUCCCAGCGUGUGGUGUGUAGACUUCCCUUGUCCCUCUUCCUUUCAAAUCCAGUCUUCUCUUGAAAUCCUAUCCUUGUGCAAUAAAGAUUAUUUUUUCGAGCGAGUCGUGUGAAUGCUGUGAUUGGGUCGGACUCUGCCUGCUGUGGUUCUCACAUUCGGCUCUGACACCCCUUUAUUAUAACUUCGACAGCACGGUUGGAUGCACUCCGGAAUUUGGCAGCUCAAGGGUAACAAAAGAUAAAUCAGAAGUAAUUUUGCAAUACUUACGUGAAAUAUACAGACAGCUCUUGGCUCUAAAUGCAAACAUGGAAGCACAUAGAAAUUUUUGGGUGCGCUAAUAUUAGUCAGAGAAAAUGGGAAUGUCGGGAAUAGCUAUUUUAGCUGAGCUUUCUAAGAAUUUCAGGAUAAUAAUAAUUAAUCAAUUUUAUUUAUACUCCACCCUCCCCAGCCAAGACUGGGCUCAGGGCGGCUAACACCAAAUAUAAAAACAAUUGACUGAAAUACAGCUUUAAAAAACAAGAUUAAAAUACAACAUUAAAACAUUACAAUGCAACCUCAUUUCAGUAGAAACUCAAUCAAAAGCCCUGUGGACAGAAGCGUGAAGGGUAGCAGAAGGCGAAACUAGGCACAUCUCUAAUGCGUUUGCUACGUUUUAUGAAAACGUGCAUAUCUGGUAACCCUGACCCUGAGAACAUCGACAAAUAUUUGAUUUAAGACUCGAGAUCACAGAGUGGUAUUAAAAGAACCUAUUUCAGCAAUUGAAAUAGAAGACAUUAUUUUUUUUAAAAAAAACAAAAUUGGUGGGAGGAACCCUUGGCAUGGAUGGAUUGGGGGGGUGAAUUUUGUAAGUUCUUAAAAGAGCAACUUCUACCACAGCUGCAUAAACCGUUCAACUUGGAGGGACUGUAAUGUUUGUGCUGUUGAAGCCAUGCAAGGACCGUGCUCUUUUGGGAUCCUACCAUCCCAUAAUUCUCCUUAACACGGGACACGGAAGAUUCGGGGCAGGCAAAUGAAAAUCCUUCACAAAGCACGUAACCUGUGGAACUCCCUGCCACCGGAGGCAAUGGCAACUACCAACCUAGAUGGCUUUAGAAGAGAAUUGGAGAACUUCAACGGCUUCUUGCCACGACGGCUGUGCUGUGUGCACUUGGAGGCAGCAACGCUUCUGAAAGCUAGUUGCUGGAAACCCCAGGAGAGGGCUCUUGUGUUCGAAUCCUGCUUGCGCGCUUCCCACAAUGCAUACCCUCCAAUAGGCCCUAGAAGAAAACCAGGAUGUGCAUAUUUUGGGGCCGUGAUCUCCCAGGAGCCAGGUGACUUGCAAGAGAGCACAGCCCCCCCCCCCUGAAAACGGGAUGUCCCACUUAAAUUGGGACAACUGAGGGGGAUGAUAAUGGACAUCUGGUUGAGCACUGCGAGAACAAGAUGCUGGAAUAGAUGUCUAAUUGGCCUGAUCCAGCAGACUUUUGCGUUCCUAUUUAUAAUCCUGACACUCGAGGGGGUCUGAAGAUGAUCUUUCUGGUGUUGAGGGCAGUGUGAGGAACUGUUCUCUUGGGUCUACUGCCAGUCAAUUUCGCUGAACUUUAACAUGGGAAGAGGAUGGGGAAAACAACUUAUUAUUAUUAUUAUUAUUAUUAUUAUUAUUAUUAUUGUUAUUAAUACUCCGCCUAUCUGGCUGGGUUUCCCCAGCCACUCUGGGCGGCUUCCAACAGAAUAUGAAAAACACAAUACAGUAUUAAACAUUAAAAACUUUCCUUAAACAGGGCUGCCUUCAGAUGUCUUCUAAAAGUAAAAUAGUUCUUUCCUUGACAUCUGAUGGGAGGGUGUAAUAAUAAUAAUAAUAAUAAUUUAUUAUUUAUAUCCCGCUCAUCUGGCUGGGUUUCCCCAGCCACCCUGGGCAGCUCCUAACAAAAUAUUAAAAACAAUAAAUACAUCAAACAUUGAAAACUUCCCUAAACAGGGCUGCCUUCAGAUGUCUUCUAAAAGUCUGGUAGUUGUUGUUCUCUUUGACAUCUGGUGGGAGGGCGUUCCACAGGGUGGGCGCCACCACUGAUAAGGCCCUCUGCCUGCUUCCCUGUAACUUGGCUUCUCGCAGCGAGGGAACCGCCAGAAGGCCCUGGGCGCUGGACCUCAGUGUCCGGGCUGAACGAUGGGGGUGGAGACGCUCCUUCAGGGAUACAGGACCAAGGCAGUUUAGGGCUUCAAAGGUCAGCACCAACACUUUGAAUUGUGCUCGGAAACGUCCUGGGAGCCAAUGUAGGUCUUUCAAGACCGGUGUUACGUGGUCUUGGCCGCCGCUCCCAGUCACCACAGGGCAGGCGCCACCACCGAGAAGGCCCUCUGCCUGGUUCCCUGUAACCUCACUUCUCUCAGCAAGGGAACCACCAGAAGGCCCUCGGAGCUGGACCUCCGUGUCUGGGCAGAACAAUGGGGGGAAACGCACCCUCUCCACUCUGCGUGAUCUAAAAGCCUCGCGUUCAGAAGCCUUUCCUCCUAUGGAAAGCAACGAGGCGCUUCCUCUCUGCACCCAAGGCUUGUGGGUGGGUGUGCUCUGCUGCGAAACGUCUUCCUCCUGGCUCACAGGAAAUGGAACAAGUUUUGUGCAGUUAAAACAGGAACUUGGGUGAGCUCAGCCUUACAGCCGAAACCGAGGUCGAAGUCAGCUAAGAGGAGCAAUCACGACGGGCUUCGGAAGUCACCUUUCCGAACCAAGGUACUGCUUUGGGGUGGGGGGAAUUGUCAGGAAAGUUGCAAUUGGGGGGGGGGGGGCUUGGGGAGGGAGGUGUCUGGUCCUGUUCUGGUCUCCUACCCCUCAAUUCUGGGUAGUUAGACUAUGGAACUCCCUGCCACAGGAAGCAGCGGUGGCCACCAGCUUAGAUGGCUUUGAAAGCGAAUUUGACAAAUUCAUGGAGGGAGGGGAGGACUAGCGAUGGCUACUGCCCACAAUGGCUCUGUUCUGGAAACCGCAAGAGGGGAGAGCUGUUCUUGUGCACUGAUCCUGCUUGCGAAGUUCCCCCUGGGGCAUCUGUUCAGCCACUGCGAGAACAGACGCUGGACCAAAUAGGCCACUGGCCUGAUCCAGCAGGAUCUUCACCCUUCCCGGUGUGAUAAGAAAAAACAACUGCUCCUUUCCCUUAUGGAGUACCCAAGAGCCCAUAUAGGGUCCUUAUGUAGGUUCUCUUAUCGGCAGGAGAAAAUAACAGGCCAAACAGAGAAUAUUGAAAAGCAAAGCAGCUAUUAAGCCUGAUCUUUAUUAAUCUGUUGCAACAGGGUCCCCACACACCCCACGCAGGGAAAGGAGGAACCCUGAACAUUGGUUCACAAGCCCUUAUAUAGACUUUUGAAAUUGCUUCCCUUGUAACUCAAGACCACCCCCAAAAACAUCAUACAUGCAUCACAGAAAGAGGUGGUCCCCAGCAGAAAUUUGAGUGUGUUGCUUCUCUCCUGUCUGCCAGGAUACUUGCCUUAUUAUUAUCUGAUUGCCUUUUCUGGGUAGCCUGGCCAUUCCUUGAAGAUGGUAAAUACUUAGUUCCUGAAUCUCUUACGCAUGUUGAUAGUGUGCUCAGAUUAACAGAUACUUGCCAGACUGUAUUCACAGGGAGGUGUAAGCAGCCCCUGCAGUCCAAAGACAAUUGGAAAGCUUUCCCCAUCUCCUUCCUCCUUGCAGAGAAAUAUUCGAGGUAAAUCUGGGAGAGUCAAAAUGGCUUCAGGAUUGUUUUCCUGUACUAUUUCAGAGAUGUGGUUUAUAUACUUAUGUAUAUGUUUGCAUUGUGCAUUUAUGAACAUUUAUUAUAUAUUAGAAUUCCUAUAACACCAGAUAAGGAGCUGCUGCCCAGGUUUGUAGCACCCAAGUGGGCAGGAUGAAGAAGCAACAUUCUUUGCUCAGCUGGGUGUAUUGGGAAGGAAAUUUGCUAUACAUUCUGGUGUGGCCAGAGAUGAGGGACAGCCAAGCAUUUUUGGCGCAUUCCAUUUUCUUUUCAUUUCACUUUUAAUAUGUGUUCUGCCUCCUUUCCACAUGACUAUGCACAAAGCCAUUGACAAGCCGAAGGAGCAACAGUGACUGUACACCUUACAGCAACCUGAUCUAAUGCAAUAAUAAUAAUAAUAAUAAUAAUAAUAAUAAUAAUAAUAAUUAAUUAUUUAUACCCCGCCCAUUGGCUGGGCUUCCCCAGCCACUCUGGGUGGCUUCCAAGAAAAUUAAAAUACUGUAAUACAUCAAACAUUAAAAGCUUCCCUAAACAGGGCUGCCUUCAGCCCUGUCAUAAUAAAAGUCACAAUGAUGUCAUAAUAUCAUGUCAUAAUAAAAGCAUAACUUUAAACAACUUCCAUCAAAUAAAGUAAUAAUAAUCCUUUAGAAUAUGAAAGUACACAAUAAAAUUAAAUACCAGCAAAUAAUAAUUAAACAGAGAUUCACUCUUAAUGAUCACAAUAAACAAUUUCUAAACUAUGUUACCGGAAUUUAUUCAAAGGUUGAGGGGGGCGGUUUGCCCCUCCAGUGGACAUCACACACUGCCCCAAAUCAACACAAUCACUCCUGCUGCAUCUGUCCCCACAGAACACUUCAACACACAGGAUUCCCACCCCAAUCUAUUAUUAUUAUUAUUAUUAUUAUUAUUAUUAUUAUUAUUAUUAAUUUAAAUCAUUUUUAUUAAGUUUUCCAUUUUAACAAUCCAAUCAAAUCACAUUAAAUAUGCCAAAUUAUACAUAUACAUAUCAAAUAAUAAUCCAAAUAUUCUGCUGAAUUAUAAUUUUUUUAUUGGGACUUCCCAUGCUUCGAGUUCGGGGGGGCUCUGAUCGUCUCAUAUCUCUGCUGCUUUUGAUAGUCAUUUCUAAUAGUUCCUUUAAAUCUUCCUGUUGUUUUCCUUCUUUCACGGCCUCAGAGUUGUUUCUACAAGCGAGUUGAAGUAAAAUAAUGUGUUUCUGUGUGAAUUUUAUGUGAAUCUCUAUUCAAAGGGCCUCCGCUGCACAUUACCAAAUGUGACGAUUCACUGAUAGACGUAUCUAUGUACUGGCUCAAUGGGAAAACUUUCAGAUUUGUGCCAUUCCAACUUUGUUCUGCUCAGGGGAAAGAUGGCUACCGAAGGGGGACUUGGGACACAAGGAAAGGCAACCCUCAUCCCCAAAACCUGAGAACACGUCCUCAGCAGCCUCUUGCACAAGAGAUAAUCAUGGGGGGGGGGGGGGCUAAUGAUCUCAACUAAUUUGGAGGUCCACUUGGUAGCCACGGGGAUGAAUCACACUCUUGUUUCAGACCGUGUGGUUUAAGGCUCACGUGUCUCUUGAAUGAAAACGAGAGACCUCUCUUCCCCUAUUUUGCUUUUUCAGUUCUUCCCCAUCCUCUUCUCCACUCCCCCCCCCCGCCAGGUGUCGUGGAUUUAAAUUUGUCUUUUUAAGCAGCCCCUCCCUCUCCUUGCAACCCCCCCCCCCAAAAAUUGUUAUGUACUGAAGUUCUCACCCUGGGCCAGCAGGGGGAUACUGUAGAUCGUUUUCACUCAGGUCCACAUAUGCAAAUAAGGGAUUGAAAGUGAUGUUCAGUGAUUGGAUAGUUACAGAAAGUUGUUACUGUUGCUUUGUAGUUGAGCUUUAUAUAAGCAGGCUGGCUGAGCCCUUCAGUUCAGUUCUGUUCUGGCCUGUGAAUAAACAAGAGCUGUCUGAAGAAUUGCUGUGUCUUCUGAUAUGUUCACCCACAACUUAACCAAAACAUCUCUCCCUAGUUGAUUCUCCUCUCCUGGAUUUGCAGCAGCCUCCUUGUUCUUGCGGCUGUGAUCAAAAUGGGAGGCGCACUCCUCCUGCAAGUGGGGAGACACAUGACCCCUUUUGGGGGUGUCGCUUCCCCAUUACAGAUAACCGCUGCCCUAGGGUGAGGGGAAGAGCAUGGCCCCACAGAUUCCUGAGCAACAUACAUGCAUGCGAGUUCCUUAAGAUCAGGGGUCCCCAAACUAAGGCCCGAGGGACUCGUUUAUCUGGCCCGUGGCGACCCCCGCCGCCCGCUGCCGCCGCCCGCUCUUACCAGCGCUGCGCUGCGCAGCUGCCCACUUCAGGGUUGGAGGAGCACCAGAAAUAGCUUGUGCGCAUGCGCAUGCAUUAUUUGAGCAUGCACAAGCGUUAUUUCCAGUGCACAUCCAGGUCGGAGGAGGCCUGUACCCAUGUGCACAAGCUAUUUCCAGUGCUCCUCCGACUCGGAAGUGCGCUGGAAAUAGCGUGUGCACACACAUAUGGGCACGCGCUCCCCCGCCCUCCAGCCUGCCGCACAAUCGGCACUGGAGACAUCGGCCCGAGGCGUAGUAAGUUUGCUGACCCCUGCUCAAGAUGCUGCUGCAAAAACUGCUUUUCUUUUCUUGCAUUUCUCUGGCUACAUGAAUUGUCUCUGGUGCUCCCUCACCUGACCUCAAGUCCUCUGCUUGCUUAAGAAGAGUUUGAAUUUGAUACCCCGCUUUAUCACUACUUGAAGGAGUCUCAAAGCGGCUAACAUUCCCCUUUCCCUUCCUCCCCCACAACAAACACUCUGUGAGGUGAGUGACGCUGAGAGACGUCAGAGAAGUGUGACUAUCCCAAGGUCACCCAGCAGCUGUAUGUGGAGGAGCGGGGAAUCGAACCCAGUUCACCAGAUUACGAGUCCACCGCUCUUAACCACUACACCACACUGGCUCUUAAUACAGCGCCACCGUGUCUUAUACUGGGGUUCAGUUCCAAGGAGUUUCACAUUAUUACAGGAAAAACCUCCUUCUUCUCCCCUAUGGGCUAUCCAAGAGCCCGUAGAGAGUCCUUAAGUGGGUUCCCUAUCGGUAGGAGAAAAUAACAGAGGCCAACCAGAGAAUAUUGUGAAGCAAAGCAGCUAGUAAGCCCAAUCUUUAUUCAAGGAACUGUUGCAACAGGGUCCCCACUCACGACACACAGUAGGAAGGAGAACCCCGAAUAAUGGUGUGCAAGCCCUUAUAUGUUGUUGCUGUUGAGUCGUUUAGUCGUGUCCGCCUCUUCGUGACCCCCUGGGUCAGAGCACGCCAGGCCCUCCUGUCUUCCACUGCCUCCCGCAGUUUGGUCAGGCUCAUGUUUGUAGCUUCGAGAACACUGUCCAACCAUCUCGACCUCUGUCGUCCCCUUCUCCUUGUGCCCUCCAUCUUUCCCAACAUCAGGGUCUUUUCCAGGGAGUCUUCUCUUCUCCUGAGGUGGCCAAAGUCUUGGAGCCUCAGCUUCAGGAUCUGUCCUUCCAGUAAGCACUCAGGGCUGAUUUCCUUCAGAAUAGAGAGGUUUGAUCUUCUUGCAGUCCAUGGGACUCUCAAGAGUCUCCUCCAGCACCAUAAUUCAAAAGCAUCCAUUCUUCGGCGAUCAGCCUUCGUUAUGGUCCAUAUAGACUUAUAGCCUUUUGAAAUUGCCCAUCCUGUAGCCCAAGACCACCCCCCAAAACAUCAUGCAUACAUUCCAAAAGCUCUACAGCAGAAGUCUUGUUUGCCAGGAUAUCUGUUAAUGAGCCAGUGUGGUGUAGUGGUUAAGAGCGGUAGUCUCGUAAUCUGGGGAACCGGGUUCGCGUCUCCGCUCCUCUACAUGCAGCUGCUGGGUGACCUUGGGCGAGUCACACUUCUUUGAAGUCUCUCAGCUCCACUCACCUCACAGAGUGUUUGUUGUGGGGGAGGAAGGGAAAGGAGAAUGUUAGCCGCUUUGAGACUCCUUAAAGGGAGUGAAAGGCGGGAUAUCAAAUCCAAACUCUUCUUCUCUUCUUCUUCACUGAUUGGGCAGUCUGGCCAUUUUUUUGUGAUGGCAAAUACUUUAGUUCCUGAAUCCAGGUCACAGGCUCACCCUAUUCAUACACAAAUGCGGUCUUAAGACAGGAUAUGCAAGCAAAAAGACAAAGGGAAGACUUUCCCCAUUUCCCCCGCCUUGCAGGGAAAUAUAUUGAAGUCAAUUUGGGAGAGUCCAAAUGGCUUCAGGGUUGCUCUCCUGUACUAUUUCAGACACAUGGUUUAUAUACUUACGUAUGUGUUUGCCUUGUGCAUUUAUGAGCAUUUAAUUUGUAUUUGGCACCUUAGAAUUCUUAUCACAAUGUAUCAUAAUGUACAGUGGUGCCCCGCAAGACGAAUGCCUCGCAAGACGGAAAACGCUAGACGAAAGGGUUUUCCGUUUUGGAGGUGCUUCGCAAAACGAAUUUCCUAUGUGCUUGCUUCGCAAGACGAAAAUGUCUUGCGAGUUCCUGCGGGGUUUUUUUCCUCCCCCCCCUUUUUCCCAAGCCACUAAACCGCUUAUCAGCUGAUGGCUAAGCCGCUUAACAGCUGAUCGCUAAGCCGCUUAUCAGCUGAUCGUUAAGUCGCUUAUCAGCUGAUCUUUAAGCCGCUUAACAGCUGAUCGCUAAUCCGCUUAUCAGCUGAUCCGCUAAGCCCGCUAAGCCGCUAAUACUGUAGCGCUAAUCCGCUAAACCGCUAAUGGGCUUGCUUCGCAAGACGAAAAAACCCGCAAGACGAAGAGACUCGCGGAACGGAUUCUUUUCGUCUUGCGAGGCACCACUGUAUAUGUAGAACUGGACUCCCAGGCAGAAUAGAGCGAUACUAUGACUUCGAUAGGGCAGAACUAUUACUUAUAAUUUUUCUCCCUCUCUCCUCGAGAUGUGGAAGGCCGUGGUGGGACACAAUGUGUCUGUGAAGGUGGAGUCCCAAGGAGACGACUGGGACACAGACCCCGAUUUUGUGGUGAGUUUCCUCCAUUCCCCCAGGAUUGCUGCUUUCAGGGAUUUCUUGGGCUCUGUCGCUUCUGCGUCUUCCGAAAGGAGCAGGCAGGAACCUGCAGAGCCUUGUGGGAGGGAGAGAAGCUCAUCUCUCAGGAACUGACAGAACAUCAGGGCUCAGAGGAAAGAGGAAAAAUGGAAGGAACUGAGAAGGGGAUCUCAGCUGCACCCGCCAGGGCUGGCAGCUCUAUAUCCAUGUUAGGGGUGGGGAGAACCUCAGGCUUGGGGGACGAAUGCACCCGAUAGAUCUCUCUACCUGCCUCCAAGACUUUCCUUCAGGUGACACCCCUUGCCAGCCCUGCUUAACCUGUUUGGAAAAGCAUCCUUCAACUCUGAUUGUGCUUCUUUCUUGCCUGGGUGGAAGCUAUUUUAUUUAUUUAUUAAAAAAUAUCUAUGUUGUUGUUGUUUAGUCGUUUAGUCGUGUCUGACUCUUCGUGACCCCCUGGACCAGAGCACGCCAGGCCCUCCUGUCUUCCACUGCCUCCCGCAGUUUGGUCAAACUCAUGCUGGUAGCUUCGAGAACACUGUCCAACCAUCUCGUCCUCUGUCGUCCCCUUCUCCUUGUGCCCUCCAUCUUUUUGCUGACUGUAUAAAGCUUCUCCCCCCUUCAUGGAUCACUGCCUUGCCGUGGCGAAGGGGCUUGAAUAACUCAGAGAAGCUAUGAGCUAUGCCGUGCAGGGCCACCCAAGAUGGACAGGUCAUAGUGGAGAGUUUUGACCAAACGUGAUCCACCUGGAGCAGGAACCGGCAAGCCACUCCAGUAUCCCUGCCAAGAAAACUCCAUGGACAAAGACAACAGGCAUAUAAAAGUUAUGACGCUGGAAGAUGAGCCCCUCAGGUCGGAAGGCGUCCAACAUGCUACUGGGGAAGAGCGGAGGACAAGCACAAGUAGAUUCAGAGCAGAUGAAGCAGCAGGGCCAACUCACUGAGCCCAGCUUCUGGCAUCUCCUCUUUGUGGCAUUCCCAAAGCAAAGGAAGGAUUAGACUCUGAUUAAUAAAAGACACACAAGGCUUGACCAGCAAGACUCUGGGAGGAGUGCGUAUAAUAAUAAUUUCUGACCACCCUCUGGCCCAGGUUGUUUUAUUCACAAAAUAACUUCCACCCUGUGGAACGCCCUCCCAUCAGAUGUCAAAGCGAUAAAUAACUACCUGACAUUUAGAAGACAUCUUAAGGCAGCCCUGUUCAGGGAAGUUUUUAAUCUGUGAUAUUUUACUGUAUUUUUGGUUUCUAUGGAAGCCGCCCAGAGUGGCUGGGGAAACCCAGCCAGAUGGGCGGGGUACAAAUAAUAAAUUAUUAUUAUUAUUAUUAUUAUUAUUAUUAUUAUUAUUUUACACAGUGUUCAUAAGAACCAAUCAGCUUUCCUCUGAGCAUUUCAAAACCCCCACGUGGGACAAAGUUAAAUUACAAAAACUCAUUUAAACAUGCAUACUUCUGGGGUAAUUAAAACAGGACUAAAAAGGAAUAAUACAUUCAGCAACCCUGGAGAUCAUAAACAAGGAAUAAACAUGAUAGGAAGGAUGGCAAGGAAGAUAGGGAUCUUUAUCACCUUCAUGUGAAAAACUUAUUUCCUGGCCCUAAGAUUAACAAAAUCAAGGAAGGGUACAUCAAAGAACUGCCUACUAUCUUUUAUGGCCUAGGAUUCCUGGCAAGGCAACCGGCAUGAAUUCAUCAUGGGCACAAUGGCUUUCUGCAUAUUUUAUAAUUCCUCAUAGUAAUCCCAUCUGUUGUCUUCGUCCAUGGAGUUUUCUUGGCAGGGAUACUGGAAUGGCUUGCCGGUUCCAGCUCUAGGUGGAUCACGUUUGGUCAAAACUCUCCACUAUGACCUGUCCAUCUUGGGUGGCCCUGCACGGCAUAGCUCAUAGCUUCUCUGGGUUAUUCAAGCCCCUUCACCACGGCAAGGCAGUGAUCCAUGAAGGGGCUUCACCUUGCCAACAAAGGUCUGUAUCAUUAAAGCUAUGGUUUUCCCAGUAGUGAUGUAUGGAAGUGAGAGCUGGACCAUAAAGAAGGCUGAUCGCCGAAGAAUGGAUGCUUUUAAAUUAUGGUGCUGGAGGGGACUCUUGAGAGUCCCAUGGUCUGCAAGAAGAUCCAACCUCUUCAUUCUGUUUUUUUUAAAAAAAUGAUAUUUAUUGAGAAUUUUAAGGUUACAAAGAAAUAAGAAGGAAGAACCAAGAGGAAAAAAAAGGAAAGAAAAAAGUAGAUAAAAGUAACAAUUAAACAAUACAAAUCAAUAAAAACCAAAGUCAAAAAGAAAAAACAAAACACACAAUACAUCAAAAUCAAAAGGCAAAAAUAAACAAAAAAUUUAAAAACAAAUCCAAUAUUCCCAGAUCCUUAACUGUCAUUACCUUAUUUCAUCGACCUCCUCACACCUCCCUUUUUUGUAUUCUCGUUAUUAAGCAAAUCCUUUCCAUCUUUCACAAUAUUCUGUCAUUAAAUUACCUUAAUCUAUUUUAACCUUAUCUUACCAUAAAAAGUCCUAAAACCUAAAACUUAAAUCUUAUUUAUACCAAAUUCUCUUAACCAUUACAUAUUCUUACAUAAUUCUUUUUAACAUUUCUGCUAAAGCCCAAUAAUUUCAUUCCAACAUUUUUCUAAUACUCAUUAAUUUUACAAUACUUUUCUAAAUGAAUUUUUAAAACUUUCUUCCAAUCUUCAUCCAUCGUCUCUUCUUCCUGGUCUCGGGUUUUGUCAGUCCUUUCUAUCCCAACCCUCUAGUCCAUCAACCUGGUGACCUUAUAUCCGAGGCUCUUAAGUCUCUUCCAUGUCCCUUCCGCAGGUCUUCUUCAUAUUUAUACCUGUACUUUACUUUGUCUUCUGCUCCUUUCACUUGGGGAGACUCCAGCUUGACAAUAUUUUUGUCCCUUCUCGACAAGUCAGCCCCUUUUCCAUAGUCAACACCGAAAUCCACGUGGUAUUUGAAGGCAUGUUUCAAGGCCCCUCCAAAGUUAAGGGCCCCCACAACUCCGAGCUCCCCCCAGCCCAAAGCCAGACUUGAAAAAUCAAAACAUCCCUGCAUAGGGGGGUCCAUCCAGCCCCCCAUCUCCAAGCCAAACAGAACUCCAUCUCUCCAAAUCUGACUUUUUCCAGGUUCAUUCGUCAAAUCCAACAACUCAUGUUCCUGCUGGGCCACAGCUCCCUCCAUCUCUGCCAGCCGAGGUCCAGCAACAGCCUCCUCCUUCAUCUCUCUCUUUUUUUUAUAAGAUAUUUAUUAGGCUUUUUUAAAGUAUUACAAUAAAAAUGAAAAAAAUAAAUAACAAAAAUACAAAAUAAAAAUAGUUAAAAACACACAGAUUUUCCACUGCUUGUUUUCCUUUAGCUUGUUUCCCGGACCUUCUCAUACCUCCCUUUUUUGUAUUCCAGUUCAAUUUGUUGGUUCAGCAAAUCCUUACCCUCUUUAUUUAUCCUAAUCUUUAGUCUUAAAAUAGUAACAUUAAAUUUUUACCUAUUAACAACCCAUUUUUCAUAAUCCCUUAAAGCAUUACAGCUGGAAACCACUUAAUUUCUAUCCAACAUCAUUCUAACAUUCAUUAAUUUUACAAUAAUUCUGUAGAUAGUCUUUGAAUUUCUUCCAAUCUUCUUCCACUGACUCUUCUCCCUGGUCUCGGAUUCUGCCAGUCAUUUCUGCCAGUUCCAUAUAGUCCAUCAGCUUCAUCUGCCAUUCUUCCAGAGUGGGUAGAUCUUGUGUCUUCCAAUACUUUGCAAUGAGUAUUCUUGCUGCUGUUGUGGCAUACAUAAAAAGGUUCUAUCCUUCUUUGGCACCAAUUGGCCGACUAUGCCCAGGAGAAAGGCCUCUGGUUUCUUCAAGAAGGUAUAUUUAAAUACCUUUUUCAGUUCAUUAUAUAUCAUUUCCCAGAAAGCCUUAAUCCUUGGGCACGUCCACCAAAGGUGAAAGAAUGUACCUUCAGUUUCUUUACAUUUCCAACAUUUGUUAUCGGGCAAAUGAUAAAUUUUUGCAAGCUUGACUGGGGUCAUGUACCACUUCAUCUCAUCUGUCAAAGCACAUUCCUGGAUUAAUUCCUGAGUGGAUUCUAUAUAGGUACCCACUGUCUGUCCAAAAUUUCCGAUCGCAACAGUCAUCAAAUCCAUCUUCUCAUGUAACUGUUCCAAUAAAGAACUUGUCUUGCAAAAGGCAAGCACCAGAGCCUCUGAGUACAUUCUUGUUCAAGGUCGAAGUCUGGUCCCACGAUCUUAAUCUAUCACAGCUGCAAAGUUCCCCAGUUCGGUUUUAAUAACAGUUUCACAAGCUCCCUCUAGGGGAAGCAAUUUCUUUUUGCCACCCUCUCCAUUCUGAAGGAAAUCAGCCCUGAGUGCUCACUGGAAGGACAGAUCCUGAAGCUGAGGCUCCAAGACUUUGGCCACCUCAGGAGAAGAGAAGACUCCCUGGAAAAGACCCUGAUGUUGGGAAAGAUGAAGGGCACAAGGAGAAGGGGACAACACAGGACGAGAUGGUGGGACAGUAUUCUCGAAGCUACCAGCAUGAGUUUGACCAAACUGCGGCAGGCAGUGGAAGACAGGAGUGCCUGGCGUGCUCUGGUCCAGGGGGUCACAAAGAGUCGGACACGACUAAACGACUAAACAACAACAACAAAUCCCAUCUGAUCACUACACUCUUUCCAGUCUUCUCUCUCUUUCCCCUCUUCCUUGUCCCACUCCCUCGGCUCUGAGCCUUCUUCCCUUGAGGGUUCAUUGGCUGUUUCCUCCCAACACCCCUCUGCUUCCAACCAGUCUUAUGACACAGGAUAACGCAGAAGGCUGUGGCAAUAAUGUCGAUGGCAAUUUAGAUCCCUAACCAAUUGUGUGUGUCUCUCUCUCUUGCAGAAUGACAUCUCAGAGAAAGAGCAGAGGUGGGGGGCGAAAACCAUCGAGGGCUCCGGCCGCGCAGAGCACAUAGAGUGAGUUAUUGUUUCCUCUCCUCCUGCGGGUUCAAACCUUGAGUAAUGGCCCAGGUGGCUUGUUAAAGCCAUGCAUGCACCAGAGAGAUCAGACCCGGCUCUUUGCUGCUGGGGGGGGGGGGUGUUGGUGGCAGGCCUUGGAAAGUGUGAAGGGAAGCAGCAAAGGCCUCAGGGGGGAAAUUCCAGCAAUUCCAAUUCUAUUUUAAAAAAUCUUUUUCUUUUUUCUCUGAAUCUUUUACCUUUAUCCAUCUAUUACAGGGGUCAGCAAACUUUUUCAGCAUGGGGCCAGUCCACUGUCCCUCAGACCUUGGGGGGUGUGUGUGUGGAAUAUAUUUUGAAAAAAUAUGUAAAUGAAUUCCUAUGCCCCACAAAUAACCCAGAGAUGCAUUUUAAAUAAAAGGACACAUUCUACUCAUGUAAAAAUACACUGAUUCCCGGACCGUCAGCGGGCUGGAUUGAGAAGGCAAUUGGGCCAGAUUUGGCCCCCAGGGCCUUAGUUUGCCUACCCAUGAUAAAUAGUAGAUAAAUAGGCACCGCUCUGGCAGGAAGGUAAAUGGUGUUUCCAUGUGCUGCUCUGGUUCACCAGAAGCGGCUUAGUCAUGCUGGUCACAUGACCCGGAAAAACUGUCUGAGGACAAAUGUCGGCUCCCUCGGCCAGUAAAGCAAGAUGAGCGCCACAACCCCAGAGUCGUCCAGUCGCGGACGACUCUGGGGUUGCAGCGCUCAUCUCGCUUUAUUGGCCAAGGGAGCUGGCGUACAGCUUCUGGGUCAUGUGGCCAGCAUGACUAAGCCGCUUCUGGCGAACCAGAGCAGCGCAUGGAAAUGCCGUUUACCUUCCCGCUGGAGCGGUACCUAUUUAUCCACUUGCACUUUGACGUGCUUUCGAACUGCUAGGUUGGCAGGAGCAGGGACCGAGCAACGGGAGCUCACUCCUUCACGGGGAUUCAAACCGCUGACCUUCUGAUCGGCAAGCCCUAGGCUGUGUGGUUUAACCCACAGCGCCACCUGUGUCCCUUCCCUUUCCCUUUCCCUAUAUAUCAAAUAUAAGAUUAGAUGCCAAUUUAGAAAUUAUUACUAUUAACAGAACUACCAUGCACUUCACCAUAGUGAGGAUUAGACUCAUGGCUGAAACUCUAUGAUUCUAUGAUUCCAUGAGCUUCAGGCAGAGUCCUCCUUCAGACAGAGGACUGUCCCCUGUCAAGAUUGAGCAGACGUCUCUCCUCUGCAAAGUGGGUCCCAGGAACCCAUGGCUGCCCUGUUCUUGAACACGGGUGCAAGAAUCUGCAUGGAAGACUCUGACCCCAGAUGCAGCAGUGCCUUUGGGCUGUGAUUUUAAGCGUUGCAGAAAGCGGCACCUUCUGCACUCUCAGGGCCAGUUGCAGGAGCUGGGCUGGGGUUCCUGUCCUGCGUCACGUCACCUUCAGGGGUUGCCAUGGCAGCGCCUGCUUCUUGCAGGAAAAGGAAGUGGUGUGCGCUCAGCGAGCAGCUUGCCAAAUAAGGGCUUUUGCAGGUCAGCCACAAAUAGAAGAGUCUCCUGGAGAGGAAGGAGACGCUAAUAGGUGCAUUGGCUUGUCUGGGGUCCACCUGGCUGAAGAGAGAUCAUUGACUUACGUUGCACCCAACAUCUGUGUUCCAAUUUGGGGCAGUUUCUCCAGCCAUGUAGGAAUGACAUCUAACUCCUUGUGAUUUGCAGUGACUGGUUCCUUGUUCUGCCCUCAGAAAUCUGAGUGAGCUAAUGGUUUCCUUCCUCUUUCUAAAAUAUCUCUGUAUUCUUAGUUAUUACAGUGGACCUUCCAGAUACGAACUUAAUUCGUCCCCGGGGGUCUGUGGUGACCCCCAAAAGUCCGAAUCCUGAGGCGCAGCUUCUGCACAAGCGCACGGUGCGAUAGAGUGUUUCUGCAUGACUGCAAAGCACGUGGAGCGCUUCUGUGCAUGCGUGCGCGGCGAAACCCGGAAUUACUAUACACUUCUGGGUUUGCCACAUUCGUAACUCGAAAUUAUGACAACAAAGCUAUUGUAACCCGAGGUACCACUGUAUUUAUAUACAGUGGUACCUCUGGAUGCAAACGGGAUCCGUUCCGGAGCCCUGUUUGCAUCCUGAAGCGAACGCAACCCGCGUUCGUGCGUCUGCGCGGGUCGCAAUACGCUGCUUCUGCGCAUGCACGUGAUGUCAUUUUGAGCAUCUUCGCAUGCGCGAGCGGCGAAACCCAGAAGUAAUGCACUCCGUUACUUCCGUGUCGCCGUGGAGCACAACCCAAAUAGGCUUAACCUGAAGCGACUUCAACCCGAGGUAUAUCUGUAUAUAUAAUAUCUAUGAGUUGCUCCUCUAUUUGGACCCAUGUUAGGGCAAAACCGAAAUGUCGCAAAAUAGCAUGCAAGCUUUUGUACUCUCUGGAAAGAGAGAGGGAAAACCAACUCAUUGACAAGAAUUGCAGCUGCACAACAAUGCAACAGAUUGCGCAGAUUAGGUCUCAGUUGCCACAAAGCUCAUCCAGCUGUUUCUUUGGGGUUCAGUGGAUCUGCUGCAUGCUCAAAAUUCUAGUGCCAUUGCAUGGAGGCAAGACGCAAGACCUUCCUUCAGUAGCAUAUAUGAGGAACCUGCUGGACCAGGCCAGUGGCCCAUUUGUUCAGCAUCCUGUUCUUACAGUGGCUGACCAGAUGCCCCAAAGCGAUGCCCACAAUCAGGAUCCGAGCCCAAAAGCCCUCUGCUAUUCAGAAGCAUUGCUGCCCUUCAAACAUGGAGACAGAAUAAAGCCAUACCAGCUAGGAGCCAUGGAUAGUUGUCUCCUCCUCCUCCUCCUCUUUUAUUUAUUUAUUUUGUAUUUAUUAUUGAUAACAAUUUAUUGAUUUUCCAAAAAUAACAAUACACAAAAAAGGGGGGGGGAGAGUUCAGAACCAAAUUAAAGCAUAAAUUUUGAUCGACUUCCCUCCACUCCCCCUCUUGGUUCCAUUAUAAUAUACUUGUUUAUGCCCAUCCAUAAAACCUUAUCUACUUAACAUUCCAGUUUUAAAACCUUCUUCAUCUUAUUACAAGUGACUUUUAAAAGUUAUACUAAUGUCAAAAUCUGUACACAAAGCUUUAAAGAUAUGCUUUAAACUAUUGCCCUUUUUGUAAUAAUUUCUCCUGCACAGUUCAAUAUUUUUUCCGGGUUUUGCUGCUUGCGCAUGCGCAGAAGUGCUCUAUUGCGCUGUGCAUGUGUGCAGAAGCGGCACCUCUGGAUACAGAUUUUUCAGGGUGCGCACGGACCCCCGGAAUGAAUUAAAUUUGUAUCCAGAGGGUCCACUGUACUUUCUGUACCAAGAAAUGCAAACUGACACAGGGUCCUUUCCAACACUACAAAUCUACGAUUUUAUAAAUGCUUGUUAAAUAGCCAACAUCAUUUAAUCUCCCUGAUAACCUGUCAGGGUAUGGGACGCGGGUGGCGCUGUGGGUUAAACCACAGAGCCUAGGACUUGCUGAUCAGAAGGUUGGCGGUUCGAAUCCCCGUGACGGGGUGAGCUCCCGUUGCUCGGUCCCUGCUCCUGCCAACCUAGCAGUUCGAAAGCACGUCAAAGUGCAAGUAGAUAAAUAGGUACCGCUCUGGUGGGAAGGUAAACGGCGUUUCCGUGCGCUGCUCUGGUUCACCAGAAGCGGCUUAGUCAUGCUGGCCACAUGACCCGGAAGCUGUACGCCGGCUCCCUCGGCCAGUAAAGAGAGAUGAGCGCCGCAACCCCAGAGUCGGACACAACUGGACCUAAUAGUCAGGGGCCCCUUUACCUUUUUAUCUUGGGGGGGGGGCAUCUUAAAUGCACAGUGAACCAACUGACAACGUUCCAAAAUAUACAGUCAAGUUGCAUCAUAUGCAGAGGGUUGGUUCUGAGGGUCAUGAGCAUAGCCAAAAUUACCUUUACCUUGGCUGGCAAGUGGGGGGGGGGUAAGCCCCGUAGGGAGCUCCCCCCCUGGGUCUUCACUGCCUCCCCUCACUCUUCCACAUGUGAGCAACCUGUCGAUGGGAGGAGGAGGAGGAGGCAGGCAGGCAGAGAGAGAGAUGAGCGCCGCAACCCCAGGGUCGGCCACGACUGGACCUAAUGGUCGGGGUCCCCUUUACCCUUUAACCUGUCAGGGUGAAAGCUAGAUAAAUGGGCCACGCAGAAGUGACCUCAGUUCUGCCUGCAGGUGGCUGCCCAUUGAACCCAGUAUUUCUAGAGAUGGGAGGGGGGAGUAGAGAAGGGAGCUGCCUUGAAAUGGUCACUGGGGUGGGGGCCAUUCAGCCCUGCCUCCUUUUUCAAACUCCCCCUUUGUGCUUUGACUCUGCAGCAUCCACAAGCUCAGGAGCAAAGUGUCUGAGGAACAUGAAGUUCUCAAGAAGAAGGAGUUGGAGGCAGCGCCCAAGGCAUCCUACGGUUACGGGGGCAAAUUUGGCACGGAGAAGGACCGCAUGGACAAGGUGCAAAAGGGGGAGGGGGCUGUUCUUUGGAUGCUGCUAAGGUUUCGGGUUUGUUCGUGUAUUUUGUGUGUGUGUAUCCAAGAAGCUAAGGGACGUGGGUAGCGCUGUGGUCUAAACCGCAGAGCCUAGGGCUUGCCGAUCAGAAGGUCGGCGGUUCGAAUCCCCGCAACGGGGUGAGCUCCCGUUGCUUGGUCCCUGCUCCUGCCAACCUAGCUGUUCGAAAGCACACCGGUGCAAGUAGAUAAAUAGGUACCGCUCCAGCGGGAAGGUAAACAGCGUUUCUGUGCACUGCUCUGGUUCGCCAGAAGCGGCUUAGUCAUGCUGGCCACAUGACCCGGAAGCUGUAUGCCGGCUCCCUCGGCCAGUAAAGCGAGAUGAGUGCCGCAACCCCAGAGUCAUCCACGACUGGACCUAGCUGUCAGGGGUCCCUUUACCUUUAUCCAAGAAGCAAGGGCCCAUUUUUCACGGUAGUAAGCUGGACCCGCACCCUCACCUCUGUUUGGUGUUUAAAAUAUUUAUUUCUUAAUUUGGGGGUCAAAAAAUUAGGGGUCGUCUUAUACAUAGAAAAAUAUGGUACCUCCUCUUUGCAAGACAGCUUUGUCACGUCUGCAAGUGGGCAGUGUGGGGCUCGCUGACUGCUGCCGACAACACCCCCCUUUGGAGUUGUCAUCAUCAUGACGUCAGGUGAUUAACAUCGGGGGCCUCCGUCACCUGUCAAAGUGGUUUGCAGGGAGGGGUGGGGAGCUGACCAACCAACCAAACAGGCCACCCUCGGAAUUAUCUGCCCAGAAUUAUCUGGCAGGAUUUGACACCGCGCUGUCUUGAUUUCCCAGAGUGCUCUGGGCCAUGAGUAUGUUGCGGAAGUGGGAAUGCACUCGUCUCAGACAGAUGCGGCCAAAGGCUUCGGAGGGAAGUACGGGGUGCAGAGGGACCGAGCAGACAAGGUGAGUGUUGAAGUCCCAUUGUGUUUACCUUUGAUAUCUGCUGCCAGGGCGUUCCACGGGGGGGGGGGGGGCGCCACCACCGAGAAGGCCCUCUGCCUGGUUCCCUGUAACUUGGCUUCUCGCAGUGAGGGAACUGCCAGAAGGCCCUCGGCGCUGGACCUCAGCGUCCGGGCAGAACGAUGGGGGUGGAGAUGCUCCUUCAGGUAUACUGGACCAAGGCCGUUUAGGGCUUUCAAGGUCAGCACCAACACUUUGAAUUGUGCCCGGAAACAUACUGGGAGCCAAUGAAGGUCUUUCAGAACCGAUGUUAUGUGGUCUUGGUGGCUGCUCCCAGUCACCAGAAUAGCUGCCGCAUUCUGGAUUAGUUGUAGUUUCUGGGUCACCUUCAAAGGGAGCCCCACAUAGAGCGCAUGGCAGUAGUCCAAGCGAGAGACAACCAGAGCAUGCACCACUCUGGCGAGACAGUCUGCGGGCAGGGAGGGUCUCAUCCUGCAUACCAGAUGGAGCUGGCUGACAGCUGCCCUGGACACAGAAUGGACCUGCGUCUUCAUGGACAGCUGUGGGUCCAAAAUGACCCCCAAGCUGAGCACCUGGUCCUUCAGGGGCACAGUUACCCCAUGCAGGACCAGGGAGUCCCCCCCACCUGCCCAACCCCUGUCCCCCAACAACAACCUCAAUCCAUUAACCACCAUCCAUCCUCUAACUGCGUCCAGACACUUUCCAGACAUUUUAUGAUUCUUUGAAUCUCAUUCUGUGCCUCUGCAACCCCAACUCUAGGUUACUGCUAGGCUGAGGGAUCGUGACACUGGCCUGCCCCACUCAUAGCACAUUGAUUGCAAGCUCUUGGGGGUAGAGAGCUGUCCUUUUUAUUUCCUUGUGUUGUUCUCUGUGGGUCUUUAUAUGUACCUAUAACAACAACAACUUUUCUCACCUUCUGCUCCCCACAGUCGGCUCUCGGUUUUGAGUACAAGGGCGAAGUUGAGAUGCACACCUCCCAGAAAGGUAAGGUUGGAGAGAUUCCUGCUGCUUCCUCUCAUUCUCCCCUUCCCCCCUUAAUUUUUUUGUUUUUCAGAAAACGUUGCAGAGCUGCAUCACAAAAUUUGGAGAAGUGUGAUUUUCAAAGGGCGUUUGUGUUUUGGUUUGCGUCUUGGUUCAGGAAAUGCGAACAGCCAAACAGAUUCCUAUCCCUGGUGUCUGACUGCAGCCAUCCCUCUGCCUCUCUCUCCAUGUGCUCCAAGGCCUCUGGAGAGGGAAGGUGCAUUUUGAGCAUGUGGAGAAGCACAGGGGACCACAUUUGUCCAUGGCUGUAGGGCAGGCUGGAGCAUGACGAUAGAUGCACACAGAGCUAUGCGCCAGAAGGCAGUGCAAAAGAACGUUGUCUCCUACUGGAGUUCAGCCCACCAUGAAACGCAGAGAGCAUUCUCUCUUUUAAGCAUUUGGUGCUCCACACUUUAGCCAUAAAGACUUCCAGAAUGUCUUACACACAGUCAGAACAAGACAGUCCCUACCUGCAGGCUCACAGUCUAAAAAACAACAACACACGAGGGGAAAUGGGCAGGAAGGGAAGAGGAAAACAAAAACCCAGUCACCAGUUUCUUUUUUUUCAUUUUAAAUUUUUAUUACAAAUUUCAACACAGUAAUUUUAAAAAAUACAUCCUCCACAUUGUUUCCCCCCUCCAUUUCCCCUCCCCCCUAAACAGAACCCCCCCCCGACUUUCCUCAGCUCCUUUCUCAACACAUUUUUCUAUCUGCAUGUUAUAAAAUUGCAAAGAUCCUCAAAUUAUCUAUCUAUGUAAUAUAAUACAAAGUUUGUGAAUGUUUAUUCAAAACCUUCCGAAGAGUCCAGUUCAUUUUGUUGCUUCUUCAAAUAUUUCGUAAAAGGUUCCCAUUCAUCUUUGAAGUCACAGUUAUCCUUGUCACGUAGGUUGUGUGUCAAUUUUGCCAAUUCCGCAUAGUCCAUCAGUUUUUCUUGCCAAAGUUCUUUCGUCGGGAUUUCCUCAUUCUUCCAUCCUUGUGCUAUUAAGACUCUUGCCGCCGUUGUCGCAUACAUAAAAAUGUUUUUUAGUUUCUUUGGCAGGUCUUUCCCCACAAUCCCUAAUAAAAAAGCUUCAGGCUUUUUCACAAAUGUUAAAUGAAACAUUUAACUCAUUAUAUAUCAUUUUCCAAAACAUUUUAAUUUUGCUACAAUCCCACCACAUAUGGUAAAAAGUCCCUUCUUUUUCCUUACAUCUCCAACACACAUUUGAGCCAGUUUUAUACAUUUCCCCUAAUUGUACUGGUGCCCAGUCACCAGUUUCUAAACAGCUGUUCCUAUAAGACUGUUGGACUGCGCCUCCUUCCAGCAACUCCUGGUGACGAACAUAUCACUCUGUUUUUCUUUCGCCCACAUCAACAAGGAGGAGAGGAGAGUCUUGUCAUCUGGGGAGCCCAGGACUUCCCAACACAAUGCCCAGGCUUGCACCCCAGGGAAGUGACUUUGGUCACUUUGGCUGCUAAUGCAGCAGUUUGGCUUCACUCCCAGAGGUGCACUCCAUUGCCUCUUGAGAGCUGAGCCUUCAGCAAAGGUGAUGAAAUGCGCUUUUUGCUUCCCAUCUCUCUUCUUCUGAGGCAUCCUGAGAGCCCCACGGUGGCCGCUGAGGGGAGAGGAUGCCUGAUGGGGCUGGCCUGUUUCAGCAGAGCUCAUGGCGGGAGUUCUGCUUCCCAGCUCCAUCUCACUCAUGCCACUUCUGCUGAGAUGGCCCAGCUCUUGUGGGUUGGAGCUGUUUCUGUUGGAUCAACCCAUCACCAUCUGAUGGAUGAUUUAGAAGGAUUGGAUCCGGCACCGCUUUCGCUGUGCGUGUGUGCCAGUAUCCGCACUCAGCAGUUACAUCUCAACACAGCUCCUUCCUUGGAAGCAUCUUCUGGGUUGAAGGUACACACAGGAGGCAAUUGUGCUGGGCCCGGGGGUUAACCCGAGCAACGCGCUCCAGGUCCGGUCCUGAAUCCAAGGAUUCCACGAGGAGUCAGUCCAACCGGGCCAAGGCAGGAAACCAGGAUAGGUCAGGCACAGGGUAACAGACAGGUAGCAGCAAUGCUGCUCCCGCAACCUGGGGCGGGGUCCGGCAGCCUUUUAUCUCUGACGGGGUAACGGCUGGUUCUGAUCCCCCGGUGACUCACCUCCCUGUUUUGCCCGAAGGUGAGCACUCCUCCUGCAAGUAUUCAGGUCUCUCCUUCUCUCAGACCUCAGUCUCUGCAGCUCGGGAGACGUCGGUGAGUUACUAGACCCAGAGGCCGCCUCAGCCUCCCCUGACCCAACCGGUAGUGGAGCAGCUGUAAGUGAUGGCCCAGCUGGAGGCAACGAGGUCAUCCCCGUGUCUGGAGCCAGGGCAGGUUUAGGCCCCUGAUUUGGCCCAGCUGGUGUUUGCUGCAGGGGAACCUGUGCAGACUGGGACUCUUCAGGAUCAAGCCCCAGACUGGGUUCAGAUGCCGCCUGAGGCAAAGGAUCCGGUGCAGACUGAGACUCCUCUGGCUCCUAGUCUGAACCCAAGUCCCAGGCCAUCACAGCAAUAAACACUCAUGGAUGCCAUAAAGAUUCAGUCAAGUGUAGAAGUUUACUUGACAGGCAAAUAUUGGUAGCAAAUAUAUAUAGACAUUCACCACUGCUGUGGUCAAGGCAUGCUUAGAGUCCAACAAGAGUCCAAGACUCUUUUUCUCUCACUGCAAGGAGCAAGCAAGAGACUCACAACUUAUGACAAGUUACACAGAACAGUUGUUACCCACUGCACAUGUCCAAAGAACAGUUCCCACAGAAAACACCCUUGCAUAGACAGGACAAUCUCAGCCUUCUACUGCUUCUUGAAACGUCUUCUCUGUUUCUGGAACAAAUGAUUCGCCCACACACAGAGAGAGAAUAUCCAACAGUGUCUGCAACUCUCUGAAAUUCACUAGGUUUCACCUCCUUGCAGAUUAUGCCGUUGGUUUUGGGGGCAAGUAUGGUGUGCAAAAGGACCGCCAAGACAAAUCUGCCCUGAGCUGGUCACACAAAGAGGAAUCGAAACCCCAUGAGUCCCAGACAGGUGGGUGUUGAAUGCCUCCCGGUUCAGAGAACGAUGUGAGUGGAGCUCUUGGAAAGAGACAAGCAAGCCUUCAUCGUGUUGUUUAGCCCAGCCUUCCCCAACUUGGUGAAGUCCAGGGAUUGCUAAACUCCAUCAUCCCUGGCUCUUGGCCAUGCAGGCUACGGGGAGUUGGGGUGCAAUUACAUCUGGAGGACACCUGGCUGUGGAAGGCUGGAGUCCUGUGUUUGAGAAGGAUAUUGGCAAGCUGGGAGAUGUGCAGAGGAGGGCGACCAGGAUGGUCGAGGGUCUGGAAACCCAGCCUGAUGAGGAAUGGUUGAGGGAGCUGGGUAUGUUUAGCCUGGAAAAGAGGAGGCUGAGAGAUAGGAGCCAAAGAUCUGAAGGGUUGUCCCAUGGAAGAUGGAGCAAGCUUGUUUUCUGCUGCUCCAGAGGACUCCCAAACCAAUGCUUUCAAAUGACAAGAAAUGAGAUUCUGUGGAACAUUAGGAAGAACUUUCUGACAGUAAGAGAUUUUUGACAGUGGGACGGACUCUCCCUCAGAAGGUGGUGGACUAUCCUACCUUGGCGGUUUCUAAACAGAGGUUGGAUAGGUAUCUGUCAGGACUACCUUAGCUGUGAUUCCUGCAUUGCAGGGGGUUGGUGAUGACCCUUGAGUCUAAUAAUAAUAAUAAUAAUAAUAAUAAUAAUAAAUUUAUUAUUUAUACCCCACCCAUAUGGCUGGGUUUCCCCAGCCACUCUGGGCGGCUUCCAACCGAAUAUUAAAACAAUACAGCAAUUAAAAACAAUUUUAUGAUUCUCUGUUAACUAUCCAUAGCUCAGUUAUUGGGGAACAGAGGCUGCUAACCUCCAAACCACAGGCAUGAAGUGCCCCCCCAUGCACAUUUCCUUCCCAUCCCACUAUUUUGGGCACCCCUUGAAUCCCAGGUGAGGGAAACCGAUGCUGUUGUGUCUUGGUGCUGCUUGUGAGCUUCCCAACUUGGGCGCCUGAUUGGCCACCAUGAGAACCAUGGAUCCAGCAGCCAAGAUCUUCUGAUGUGGUGCAGACCACGGAGCAAAAUGGGGUCAGCUCUUUCAUCUUUCUGAAAUUCACUCAUCCCCCUUGCAGAUUACUCCGUUGGCUUUGGGGGCAAGUACGGUGUGCAAAAGGACCGCCAAGACAAAUCUGCCCUGAGCUGGUCACACAGGGAGGAAUUGAAACCCCAUGAGUCCCAGACAGGUGGGUGUUGAAUGCCUCCCGGUUAAGAGAAUGAUGUGGGGUGGGGUGGGGAGGGGGUUAAGCCCCUGGAAGAGGCUGUCAAAUGUAUAGAGCCCAUCAUGGAGAUGGGCUUGCCUUUGCUGAAAGGCUCCUGUGGCUUGGUUUCUGGAGGGCCAUUCAUUUCCUCCCUUUCCCCCCUUCCCACAUUGCAGAUCAUGCCAAGGGAUUUGGGGGCCGCUAUGGGGUGCAGAAGGACCGGGUGGACAAGGUAAGCAGAGCUCGCCCCUCCACCCUCCAACAAAGGCCCUCUAUGGGGCAAAUAAUCCAUGCUGAUAAGAUCCUGUGAGCACCCAUGAUUGACCUUCUCAGAGUCUGGUUCUGGGAGGGAAUGAUGCGCAGCCUCUUGUGGCAAGACCUCCUGCAUGGAGGUGAGGAACAUGUGGCAUCUCUGUCCUGGCCAGCUGGGUGUACUGUGGACCUCUCUUUGCAGAGCGCUGCUGGUUUCAACGAGAUGGAAGCUCCAACUUCCUCGUAUGAGAAGACAACGCCUGUGGAGGCCGGUAAGUCUUUUCCCUGGCCAACCUGUCAAGGUCAGUGGGUCGAUGCUCACAAUGAUCCAUGAGUGAUGUUGGAAAACCCCUAGGAAUCGAGACCCCCUAGUUGCUGAAAGGGAGCUAUUUGCACCAGAGCCUUAGCAAGCCAUCCAUAGAGGGUAGGUGCCUCUAAGUGCCUCCUGCACUACAGGCUCUAGACUGAGCUAGGGACUGGAGAAGGUGCCCCCCCAAGUCCCACCAACUCUACGAUCCACUAUAAGGUCAAGUUGCAUCAUACAUGCAUUUUGCUUCAGAGAAUUCAGCCAUACACGCUUGGCUGCAGCUCCAUUCUAGAUCCAUUCCAGCCUUUUUCUUCUGCCUUCAUCUCUCUCUCUCUGCCUGCCUGCCUCCUCCUCCUCCCAUCGACAGCUUGCUCACAUGUGGAAGAGUGAGGGGAGGCAGUGAAGACCCGGGGGGGGGGAGCUCCCUACGGGGCUUACCCCCCCCAUUUGCCAGCCAAGGUAAAGGUAAUUUUGGCUAUGCUCAUGACCCUCAGAACCAACUCUCUGCAUAUGAUGCAACUUGACUGUAUAUUUUGGAACGUUGUCGGUUGGUUCACUGUGCAUUUAAGAUGCAUCCCCCCAAGAUAAAAAGGUAAAGGGGCCCCUGACCAUUAGGUCCAGUUGUGUCCGACUCUGGGGUUGCGGCGCUCAUCUCGCUUUACUGGCCGAGGGAGCCGGCGUACAGCUUCCGGGUCAUGUGGCCAGCAUGACUAAGCCGCUUCUGGCGAACCAGAGCAGCUCACGGAAACACCGUUUACCUUCCCGCCGGAGCGGUACCUAUUUAUCUACUUGCACUUUGACGUGCUUUCGAACUGCUAGGUUGGCAGGAGCAGGGACCGAGCAACGGGAGCUCACCCCGUCGCGGGGAUUCGAACUGCUGACCUUCUGAUCGGCAAGUCCUAGGCUCUGUGGUUUAACCCACAGCGCCACCCGCGUCCCUGGUACAACUGUAUAGCCUCCUGCAAAAGUCAAUGCACUUUGCUUCUGGAACCCCUAGAUGGGCCCAUGUUGUAGUCCUAGGCGCCUGCCUCUCCUGUGGCCCUUCGCGACAGAAGUUGCCUUGAGUUGAAGCCACCCACUGCGCCACCCGCGUCCCUAGAUAUCAUGUCUCCCAAGAUAUCGUAACCCAAUUUUGCAUGACAGUUCUUGAGAUUAAGGAGCAGGUUUCCACCUUCCUUUGGAUAAAACCGAGUCCCAUUCUGAAUCAAGAUGGCGGACUGAACCUUUCAAAAUUAAUUUUAACCACUGAUCUUGAAGCUGCACUGACUUCAAAACUGCACUGAUUUCUUGUGUCUCUUUGAAUUCCUGUGCUGUGUUGGGUACGAGGCUAUUAGUUUUAUAACAAACUGUGUUAUUCAGUGGGUGGGUGGGUGGAGGCCCCCACUGCCAAGUCUUCACCCUGCCCCUUGUCAUUGUCACCAGCUUCUGCUGGAGCAGGUAACCUGAGGCAGCGGUUCGAGAGCAUGGCCAAGUCAGCCGAGGAAGACAACCGGAAGAGGGCAGAGGAGGAGCGCGCGCGUCGCCAGGCCCGGGAGAAGCAGGAGCGCCAGGCAGCCCAGAAGCAGCUGCAGGAGCAGGAGGAACAACGGGAACAGGAGCAGGAGGUGAGGCCGGAAUUGGAUAGAUCUAAAGGAUCUAAAGGUAAUUGGAUAGAUCUAAAGGAUCUAAAGGAUCUGGGAUGCGGGUGGCACUGUGGGUUAAACCACAGAGCCUAGGACUUGCCAAUCAGAAGGUCGGCGGUUCGAAUCCCUGCGACGGGGUGAGCUCCCGUUGCUCGGUCCCUGCUCCUGCCAACCUAGCAGUUCAAAAGCACAUCAGAGUGCAAGUAGAUAAAUAGGUACCACUCCAGCGAGAAGAUAAACGGCGUUUCCAUGCGCUGCUCUGGUUCGCCAGAAGCGGCUUAGUCAUGCUGGCCACAUGACCCGGAAGCUGUACGCCGGCUCCCUCGGCCAGUAAAGCGAGAUGAGCACCGCAACUCGAGUUGGUCACGACUGGACCUAAUGGUCAGGGGUCCCUUUACCCUUUACCUUUAAAGGAUCUAAUGAUUCUUUUUUAAGAGCAGGCGCACCACUGCCUCCUUCAAUUCCCCUGGGAAUGUCCCGGUGCCAAGGGACAAAUUGAUGAUAUCCCCUGGGGGGGCCGCACCUCAUCUGGACACGCUCUAAUCUGCCAGGACGGGCACGGGUCAAGAGGACAGGUGGUGGGCUUUCCAGCUCGGAGGAGUCUGUCCGCAUUGGCUGGGGAUAUCCGGUCAAAGUGGUCCAAUACUGGACCCGAGGACAUUCAAACUAUAUCCUUGUUCUUCCUGUGUAUGGCAAUUAUUCUGUCCGUGUUGUUUCUUCCUGUCCUUGUAAAAUAUUAUGUCUAUCUUUUCCCGGUUGUUGCUGUUCUCCAUCAUGCCUUGGGCGGAGCUGUUAUCCCAUUUUAAACUCCUGCCUUUUAUAUGUUUCCAGCUUUUUGUAUCUUACCUGAUCUGUAUAAGCUGCCUUGAGUCCACUCUCUGGGAAGAAGGCAGGAUAUACAGUAUGAUAAUAAUAAUAAUAAUAAUAAUAAUAAUAGUUUUAUUUAAUGUUAUCCUUUCAGGAACCCCAGAGAAGUGAGGAGCCAAGGAGCAAGGCUCCAGCCCCCAGACUCUCGCCAGGGCCCAUGAAAGUGGGCAGAGAGGACAUUGGCUUGCCCCCUGUGCCACCGCCAGCCCCUGAGCACCAGGUAAGGGCUCACUCGUGCCCAAGAUGGCGAUGCUUUGGGGAACACCAAUGGAGAGGUGCCACCCAAGAGAUGAAAUGUAAAGAUGCAAAGUUUAAUUUUGUAAACCAUCAGACUGGAGGGAGGGAAGCCGUUAGGCUCAGUUGAGCCAAAGAGAUAAAAUAAGAGGGUACGGUGUUACGCAAUGUGACUAUAUGUAAAACCAAUAAAAAUCAUUUAAAAAUAAAAAAAAUACAGUGGUACCUCUGGAUGCGAAUGGGAUCCGUUCCGGAGCCCCGUUCUCAUCCAGAAGUGAAUGCAACCUGCGUCCACACGUCGCCGCUUCUGCCCAUGCGCGUGAUGUCAUUUUGACCAUCUGCACAUGCGCGAGCAGCAAAACCCGGAAGUAACAUGCUCCGUUACUUGCGGGUUGCCACAGCACGCAACCCAAUAAAACUUAUCCCAAAGCUACUUCAACCCGAGGUAUGACGGUAAACUUAGGUGAAUCAGUUUGAGCUGGCAGGGCUCUCAUUUUCCUCCCCAUAUUCCCCAUGCCCAGACAGCGCCAGAGGAGGAAGAGGAAGAGGAACCCCCUCCAGCUCUUCCUCCACGGAGCCUGCUCUGGGGCGAGGGCAUUGCAGAGCCACCCAAGCCAUCUUACGUGCCGCCGCCACCACCACCGCCUGCAGACAUAGAAAGCCAGGACUACGGCGGUGACUAUGAGGAAGUCGGGGGGCCCUUGGACCACCAGGAGCCUCCCAGCUUGGAUGAGGAUUACGCCGAUGGUGGGGACUACGAGGAGAUGCCAGGUGGCCUUGAUGGGGACGAAACCAUCUACGACAAUGCUCUGGACGCCGCCCAGGAGGACUACGAGGAAAUCCCAGAUCAGGUUCUCAGCAACCGUGGGGGAGUGCCCUUGGCAGGUGAGAAAAAGGGGGGCAUCCUACCUGGGGGUGCCGCCAUUGGGGAGAAUAAUAAUAAUAAUACAGUGGUACCUCUACUUACAAGGCACGUGGGUGGUGCUGUGGUCUAAACCACAGAGCCUAGGACUUGCCGAUCAGAAGCUGGGCGGUUCGAAUUUCCAUGACGGGGUGAGCUCCCGUUGCUCUGUCCCAGCUCCUGCCAACCUAGCAGUUCGAAAGCACGUCAAAGUGCAAGUAGAUAAAUAGGUACCACUCUGGCGGGAAGGUAAACGGCGUUUCCGUGCGCUGCUCUGGUUCGCCAGAAGUGGCUUAGUUAUGCUGGCCACAUGACCCGGAAGCUGUACACUGGCUCCCUCGGCCAGUAAAGCGAGAUGAGCGCCGCAACCCCAGAGUCGUCCACAACUGGACCUAAUGGUCAAGGGUCCCUUUACCUUUACCUCUACUUACACACGCACCUCUGGUUAUGUAUCCUUCGGGAUACACACACGGCAUUCCUAGAAGUAUUUUUCCGGGUUUCUACCAUGCCGUGCGCAUGCACAGAACAGUCACUUUCAGUUGCGAAAACCUCAGGAUCCGACCGGAGCUCCAGAACGGAUCCUGUCUGCAACUGGAGGUACCACUGUAAUAAAUUAUGUAUACCCCACCCAUCUGGCUGGGUUUCCCCAGCAACUCUAGGCAGCUCCCAACAAAAUAUUAAAAAUACAAAAAACCCCAGACAUUAAAAACUUCCCUAAACAGGGCUGCCUUCAGUUGUCUUCUAAAAGUCUGGUAGUUGUUGUUCUCUUUGACAUCUGGUGGGAGGGCGUUCCACAGGGCGGGCGCCACCACCGAGAAGGCCCUCUGCCUGGUUCCCUGUAACCUCACUUCUCGGAGGGAGGGAACUGCCAGAAGGCCCUCAGAGCUGGACCUCCAUGUCCGGGCUGAACGAUGGGGGUGGGCAGUGCUUUUUUUCUAAUAAAAUGUUUAGCGGUCCUGUCAUUUCCCUACUCAUAAUGAACUACUGCCCCUCAAUAAGACCAAACUUAGAUUCACAAAAUAUUUAGGGUACCCCUGCAUACCCCCAGGGAAAAGCACUGGGGGUGGGACUUCUGCAUGCAGAGCAGGUGUCCUGCAACUCAGCUGUAGCUCUUCCCAUGGAUAUUUGCUUGCUGCCCUUCAUCCAAAGAUCUCAGGGUGGUUGAACAAGGAAAAAAAGAGGGAAUAAAUCCUACAUCAUAGAAAAAGAACAAAACUAAACUAUAACCUCACCUGUCCCACAAACACAUUCAAAAGGCUGCAGAAUAUUAAUCAGUCAAAGGCUUGGUUGAAGAGGAACGUUGUUUGCCUAGCAUCUAAAGAUAGGCAAUGAAGGCGCCAGGCAAGCCUCCCUGGGGAGAGCAUUGCACAGACGGGGAGCCACUGCAGAGAAGACCCUGUUCUCGUGUUGCCACCCUCCGGACCUCUCAAGGAGGAGGCACAGAAAGGAGGGCCUAGAAGAUGGUCUUAGGGAGAUGAGCUGGAUUUUUGUAGUUGGAGUCAUAGUGCUUCUGUUUAAAGGUUCAUGUUUCAACUAAGAGUUAACGAUACAUACUUUUCACUUGCUCUCUUCUGCUUGUAAAGAUUUUAAGAUGCUUUUAAGGUGAAGGAGACAGAAGAGUUAUUUGUUAAAUAACAGCCUUUUUAGUAAGUUAGUGAUGAAGUACAAACGCCUCCUCUACAGAUGGUGGGUUAAGGCAUUCAAGUGCACUAUUGUAAAGGGUUUGUUUGCCCAAUGUUUACUCUGUUUGCCUUACACAAAAUGAAGACUCUUGUCCCAUAAGAAACUGCUAGCGAUUAAUGCCAUGCAGCAAGCCCACUACUUGGAAAGUGCUGUUUAUUGCCUUGCAAGUGGAGAGGCGUGAAAGUGCUUUUCUGAUUAUGCAUUGUCCUUAACAAGGAUCUAGCACUUGAAAGUAAAAUGGAUGUGUGUUGCAUUCAAAUGGAAAUAAAAUAGAUUGCAUAUAAAAAAAAGGGGGAGGGAGAGAGAAAGAAGAUAAUAAUAAUAAUAAUAAUAAUAAUAAUAAUAAUAAUAUUUUAUUUAUAUCCUGCCCUCCCCAGCCAAAGCCGGGCUCAGAGCAGCUAACAACAGUAAAAUAAUACAGCAUUUUAAAAUCAAUUCAUUAUAAAAUCAGUUCAAAUCAAAUUAGUGGCAACCAUUGGGCUAGAGUUCUGUGAGGAUUGCCAAAGGAGGGAGUCAGGCUGUGCCCUGGCCAAAGGCCUGGUGGAACAGCUCUGUUUUGCAAGCCCUUUUGAAGAUGUCAAGUCCUGCAGGGCCCUAGUCUCUUGUUCCACCAGAUCGGGGCCACGGCUGAAAAGGCCCUGGCUCUGGUUGAGGCCAGCCUAACCUCCCUGUGGCCCGGGACUUCCAAGAUGUUUUUGUUUGAAGACCGUAAGGUCCUCCGUGGGACAUACCAGGAGAGGCAGUCCCGUAGGUACGAGGGUCCUAGGCUGUAUAGGGCUUUAAAGGUUAAAACCAGCACCUUGAACCUGAUCCUGUACUCCACCGGGCGGCAGUGCAGCUGGUAUAGCAGUGGGUGAAUGUGAUCCCAUAGCAAGGACCCCGUAAGGAGUCUCACCGCAGCAUUCUGCACUCACUGGAGUUUCUGGGUCAGUCUCAAGGGCAGCCCCACGAAGAGCGAAUUACAAUAAUCCAGUCUGGAGGUGACCGUCGCGUGGAUCACAGUGGCUAGGUCAGGGCGAGAGAGAUAAGGAGCCAACUGCUUAGCUUGGCGGAGAUGAAAAAAUGCUGCCUCGUUAUAUAGCUGCAAUCUGCGCCUCCAUGUAAUAUACAUUGCCAUAAUCUAACCUAGAGAGGAUAGCAGUGCAGCUGAGGUGGUGGUGGGGGGCAAAUGGAGGGCUGCCUUUGAAUGCACCUGGCCAGGUAAGUGCCUGGGGUGUCCUUCCACGCUUGCUGCAAGUUAGCUUACCCCACCUUCUUCCCUUGCAGGAGCGAGCCAGGCAGGGCUGUGUGCUCGAGCCCUCUACGAUUACCAGGGAGGUGAGUCAAAUGUUUUGCAUCCGUUUGGGGCUUGGGAUGUGAGGGUGGUGGGGGUGGAGUUCUGGAUAGAUCACCCACAGCAGACACCAUAGAAUCACAGAAUGGUAGAGUUGCAGGGGACUCCAGGGGCGUAUCUAGUCCAACCCCCCCUUAAUACAAUAUUGUCAUGGAGAGGUUGUUGAGAAGAGGAGAUAAAUGGCUAUAUUAUAUUUGGGGGAGGGUUCCCUGGGGUUCGGAAAGUCAGGGGCAGGAGGAGUGGGGUCUUUUUUUAUUUCAUAAAAUGUACACCCUACUUGAUUGUCAGAAAACCUCAGAGCGGUUUGCAAAAAAGGAUACUAAACUUAUCAGUUGUCAGCAAUAAUUCCAGACAUUCGAGAUAAGCAUAGACUAAAAACAGGUGAAAACUCACACCAACUUUCUAAGCAAAGGGGUAGGCUUGUCUAAACAGUUUUUAGCAGGCAUACAGUGAAGGCACCUGCCUGAGAUCAAUAGGCGGGGAGUUCCAAAGAUAUAUAAAUGGGUAUCAUGCGAUACCAGUAGCAGUGCCAGUUCUGCCAAUCUACACAAGUGGGCACAUGUGGGGCAAGGCGAUCUCGCAGGUAAACUGGUCCCAAGUUGUUAAGGGCUUUAUAUGUUAAUAGUAACACCUUGAACCUGUCCUGAUAGCAAAUUGGCAACUCUGAGUAAUCCAGCCUUAAAGUAAGCAAGGCACAAACUGCUGCAGCCAGACUUUCCUGAUGCAGGAAUGGUUGCAGCUGUCAAGUGAUGCAUCACAGGCGUAUAUUAUGGGUUGGCACCUGCAGGUCCCCAAAAAGAGCAAGCUUGGUGCACGUCCAGGAGCAAAACUACAUGGGUUCAGGGUGGGCUUUGUACUUGGAAAGACGGGGGUGGGGGGGCAGACUGAUACAAUGGAGAGACAAUUGGUACAACCAAGACCCCCCUUCUGUCUUCUUCUUCUUUGGCGAUCCCUUGUAGCCAAGUAAGAUUGUCUUCCAUAAACAUGGUUUUAACAAUGAGUCCAUAAGUGACUGUGGAGGCCAAUUCUGGAUCCACACGUCCUUCCACAGUGGGGACAUUGGUUCCCGGGCGGGAGUUGAUCCUGGUGUGGAUUUGCCAAGUGUGCCUUCCUCUUAGCACGUUUCUCCCUUGUGUCCUGAGUUCGAGUGUCUUCAAAGCCCAUGACACCUUUGGCAAAGGCUGUUCUCCAACUGGAGCGCUUGCAGGCCAGUGUUUCCCAAUUGUUGGUGUGUAUACAACAUUUUUUAGAUUUGCCUUGAGAGAGUCUUUAAACCUCUUUUGUUGACCGCCAGCAUUACGUUUUCCAUUUUUAAGUUCAGAAUAGAGUAGUUGCUUUGGAAGACGAUCAUCAGGCAUCCGCCCAACACGACCAGUCCAACGAAGUUGAUGUUGAGGAGUCAUUGCUUUGACACUUCUGUAACCCUGCUGUGGUACCCACACCGCUGCUUGGGAGAGGAGGGAAUCCCUCCUGACUGACCCACCCUCUUUUCCCCUUCCCCUUUCGUCAGAUGGGGACGAUGAGAUUUCCUUCGACCCUGGAGACACCAUCACGGACAUCGAGCAAGUCGACGAAGGCUGGUGGCGCGGAUCCUGCCAUGGGAGGCAUGGCCUGUUCCCAGCCAAUUAUGUGGAGCUGCUGCCUUGA